GCCGUGGUUUUCGAAAAAAAUUAUGUAACAACAGUCUAAAUAUUAUGGAAUGAAAAAAUUCCUUGAUCUUAUUAGGAUCGGUUUGUUAAAUAUAAUAUAAUUUUAUUGUUAUAAAAUUAUCUAUGAAAAAUUCAAAUAAUUACAAAAACAAAAUUUGGUGAUAAACAUAGAACAUUUUUAGACACUGUUUACAACCUAUUCUGUACACCAGAAAUAGCCUUUUAUCUCUUUUUUUAAUUCUUAGUAAAUAAAAUAUUGAUUUAUUAAUUUUAGUGAUACAAAAAAUUAGCAUAUUUUUUAAAAAAAUGUAUUAUUAGAAUAGAUGAAAUAAGUACUAAAAUAUUAAACUAGAAUCUUGUAUUAAUUUACAUAUAAAUUUUAUUAUAAAUGAGCCUGUGUCAAUGCUGUCAAUUAUAAAUAAUAUUAUACACAUUUUAAUAUGAAUGUAUAUUGUAUAUAUAUAUAAAACAAAAUAAACAAAAUCACAAAUAAAUCAUAACAUUUUCGUUCAUAGCUACAUAAUACGAGUAACACACUAAACAAAAUAUUGAUAUAUCAAACAAUACUAUCACUAAAAUGUUCAAUCUUUUAAAUUAGUUUCAAGUUAUUGCAUAAGAUGUACGAGUACAUAAUAUAGACUUAGAACAACCUUAUUAUUGCAAUAUUGCGUAUACACAAAAUAUUUAUUUUAAAUUCAUAAAUACGCCAUCAUCGUGUUAUAUUAUGUAUGUAUAAAAUAAUAAUAUAAUUGUUUACGAGUCACAAGUAUCAAUAUAAGAAAAAAAAAAUGUUAAUCAAUUAUUAUUAAAAUAUUGAUAAUUAAUAUUGCUUAAAUCAUGUUUGAUGUCAGCAUUGACAAUAUUAAAUAAAUUUAACAUAUUAAAUAAUUUAUAAAUACAACGCUAUUCAAGUGUUUACACAAUUAGAUACUAAAUUAUAAUUCAAUUUUAUAAUUUUCAAUUGUAAAAAAUGUAGUACAAAUAUAAAUUGUUUAUAUAAUAUGAUCACAAUAUUAUUAUUAUAAUAAAGUUUUCUAAUAGGAUUUCUUUUUCAGUAAAAGUUGAUAUUGAAUCGUUAAUCAUUAUUAAAAUAUACUUGAAAAGUUAAACAAUAUUAAUACUAAGAUAUAAAAUAAUUAUUUUUAUAGAUAAUACAUUUUUUUUUUUUUUUAUAAUUUUGUGCUUAGUAGUUAUGCAAUUGUUUACGUUUUUCUUCUUAAACUGAAGAUUGAUGACUGAGUUUGAUGUUUAAAAAUGUAUGAUAUACAUAUAUAUAGCAAUUUUUUCACUAUAAUUUAUUUGUGCGUUGAAGAUUGUGCAGAAACUUUCAAAUAGUUAAGAUUAACGAUUCAUACAUUUUGAAAAAGAAAAAUAUUAAGAUAAGUACAAAAAAUGGGUAACUAAAAUAAAAAUAAAAUUUGGGAAUACAUUUGAAAUAAAUAUUUAAAAAUCAAACAAAAAUAAAAAUUUGAAUUAAAAAAAUAGGACGGUAAAAUAAAUAUUUAGCCAUUAAAUAAUAAAAAUGGAUACGUCUUAAAUGAAAAUAAUGUUUGAAUCAUAAAUAAAAAAAAUGUUAUAAUUAUAUAAUUAGAAAUAGACAAUAGGAAACAAGUUUAACUAGAUAAACGUAAAUGAAGAUCUGCAGAAUCAUCCAUUUCACUCUCUGUUGUAUCUACCGAUCCAGAUCUCUCAGUCUUAGCCAUAGUACUGCCGUUGUUAACCCACCGUUGUUUCCAUGCCUCGAGGCGCAUUACCUAAUUCACAAAACUAUUAGUACAUGUUACAUAAAUUAAUAAAUUGAUUUUUAUUUUUAUUUAAGCACCUACUCAUUAUUUCAGAAUAUAUACAAAGUUUAAGUUAUUUUUGAAAUCAUUUUUUUGUGACGCUAAGAUAAUUAUUUGAAAACGUGUCAAAGGGUUUAGAGUAAAUAGACAUAUUGUUUUGUUUGUAUUCUUAUAUUAACUAACUAGUUUUGUUUUCUACCUCCUUUGUAACUGGCGUUUGGUGUAUAAAUUAUAAAAUAAAUAAAUAAAUAUAAUAAAGAAUCGAAAAAAAAAAUUAAGUACAAUAUAAUCAAAUAUUUAAAAUAUUUUUUUAAAUAAUGAGAAGGUAUGUUAAAAUACCACCAUGUAUACACAAAUUUAUUAGACAAAUAGGUCCAGUAAAUUAUUAAAAUUAAUAAGCGAAUUAACAAGUGAUUUAUUGUUAAAUAAAUAAAAACGUGCAAACUCACUGUGUCAGCCUAGCCACUUCCAUGGCUCGACGUCUGGCGUGGUCGGUGAGAGCAGCUAGAAACCAUUGUUUUUUUUUUUUUUGUUAAUAUAAGCGUGCUGUAUAGUGUUAUUAAUUAAACAAGCAAUGAAAAUGACAGAUGAAUUUAUAAUAAUAUGUAAUAUAUAUAAUCCACAACAUUUCAUUAAUUUAAAUUGAUUUUAUUACUAACUGGUUUUACUUUUAUAUAAAUAUGGUAGAGUAGAGAAUGUGCCCGUUUUUAUUAGAUAGGCAACCACAUCAACUUGAUGAAAAUGUAUAGGUAACAUUGAUUAUACUAAAUUAUCUGUGCCAAGUUCCAGUAAGUAUGCCAGCGUAUUUUUACAUAAACCAAUGCACCUGGUUUUUUUCACCCUCAUAGCUCUGCUUUCAUUCAAGAUGAACUUUUGAAAUUUGAAAUAUAGAUUAAGGCUAAGUACCUUAAGACUAAAUAAUUGAGCCCUUAAUAUAAGCCGUUUUAAAAGGAGAUGGUUUCAUAGUUUGCAUUUUUGUUACUCACUCAUUAUUAACAUUUUAAGGCAUUUAUCGUAAAGGUAUACAUUUGAAAUUUUGUAUAAAGGUAGGUCUAAUAGUGUAAGUAAAAGAAAAAAGAUGUCCUAGGAUAAUGGGGAUGAGUGCAGGCAUUAUUAUGGAUUAUUUAAUGUAUAAUAGUGGCAACAAUAAACCAUUUUUUAUAAUAAAACAAUUCUGAGCAGAGUUCAGUUGAUAGUGAUGCUUUGUCAACAAUAUAUAUAUAUAUGUCAUUUUAUAGCAAAAUAAUUAAAUAGGCUUUAUAUAUUUUUUUUAAUAAUAUUUAUUUAAUGUUGUACUGAUUUUUCAUUUUUUCUGUUUUGCACGGUUUUUCACAUGUGCUGGGAAAACUCUUGGGAAAAUCGAAAAAUGUCCACUAUAAAGUACCUUGCUAGUGAAAUCUUCUUUUAGAAACAUUUUUAUCAUUAAAAGUUGUUAAAAUUGCUGGUAGAAAAGUUGUGGACAGGAAAAAAACAUUCUAAUAUUUUAUAGUAUACAUUUUGUAUAUUUUAAUGGUGUUUUUUUUUUUAGUUUUUCAAAUUUGAUGAGAAAACUCUAGAAAAAAAAAUCAAAAAAUUAUCUCCCUAAAGUUACUUCCCAUGCCGAUUUCCUUUCAGAAAAGAUACUACAAGUAGAAUUCUGAACAAGUCUUCUGGUAGAAAAGUUGCGCAAAGAUGAAAAAAAAAAUACAGCGGAACCUCGAUAACUCGAACCUCUAUAAGUAGAAUUUUCGAUAACUCGAAGGAAUACCUUGGCCCCUGGCUUCCAAUAUAUGAUAUGUGUGUGAUAUGUAUAUGUUUUCCAUAAGUCGAAUUUUCGAUAACUCAAAUUUUUUUUUCGCCCCCAACCGAUUCGAGUUAUUGAGGUUCCACUGUAUAUAUGUAUAUAUCUUUGUAUAACUAUAAGCUUCUUCGCUCCACUCAGAAUAUAAAAAUAUGAAAAUUGUAAUUCUCUAAAAAUUAGUGCCAUUUAGAGAGUAGAAGCAUAUUUUUUUAAUUUCCACAAAACCUACAUAAAUUAUUGUACAUCAAUUUAUAUACUUAAAAAAAUGCUGAAUUCAAAUAUUUUGUCUGUUAUAUGUCGUUGGGGAUAGCAAUUAGCAAAGCAAAUAAAUUUUGUUAAGUUGAUUUGGUUACCUAAGUAAUAAAAAUAUCAGCAUUUAGUGACCUUAUCAUUCAAUUUUUUAUUUUCCUUUUAAAUCCUUUAUUUUCUUUUUUAAGUUUAAAACGUUAAAUGUACAAACUAUUUCAUGUUCGAAUAAUGAUAACACCGUUUUUAUUGUGUAUUUAAUUUUCUGUUAUUGUGUUAUAAUAUAGUAUAAGCACGGGCAUAUGAUUAAUAUUUCUUUUGAUAUAAAAUUUGAAAAAAAAUAUGUUUUAUUGACAUAUGUUUAGAUUUAACAAGAAGACCAAAAUCUUUUUUCUUUUAUGGAAUGUUGACUUCUCAUUAUAGUUAAUGCAUAGGUAUAUUAUUUUAUUUUUGAGAAAAAGGAUAAUAUUAAACUGUAUCAAAGGUUUCUGUAACGUUUUAAUAAUACAAAAUUGUUUAUAAUCUAUAUUGUUGAUUUAUAUGUUCCAAUAAACAAUAACUGCUGAUUUUUAUAUAUAUAUAAAAUUAUAGUGUUUAAUAUCAAAUGAAAUUAUAUUUGAUUGAGUUUAAAGGACAAAAAAAGAUGGGUAGACAGACCUUACUUUAUUUGAAUUAUUCUUUGGAAAAUUAAACAUAAAAUUAAUUAAUUUUUUCAGAUAAUAUUCCAAUAUUUUACAACAGCCCAUUAAAUCCAAUUGUUAAUAUUCUGUUAGUAAUUAUUAUUAACCAGUAAAUUGUUAGUAAAGUUAAUGCAAGUUUUAUAGAUAGAAUGAAAUGCCCAUCAUGAGUUUUUAAUUUAUUUUACUUAUAUGUCAUCUUGAACUGGACUACUUACUUCAGCUUUGAGAUCAGCUACUUUAUCUUGAAGUUCUUUAACUUUAUCACUAUCAUCUAAAGAAUUAUUUCUGAGUUCUCCUUCAGUUACCAUCUCUUCAUUCUUAAAUGUAAACAAAAUAAUUUAUAAACAUUUUAUUUAAAGAUAUUCUAUGGGAAAUUGACUAACUUUAACUUCUAAUCGGGAAAUUUUUUGGUUUAAUUCAGCAACCAUUUGAGCAUGUUCAGCCUCUCGUAUCCUCGAAGAAAUCAUGUCAUGUUUCAUCUAUAAAAUGUUAAUAAAUUAUUGUAAAAAAAAGGAGGAAUUUUAAAUACUUUUAUAAAAAUCAUACCUUAGAUUCUAAGUCUGUAUACUUAUUCUGUUGUUCUCUGAGUUUAACUACUAGAUCUCUUUGUUUUGUUUCCGCUAAUUCUAGCUGUUCAUGAACAGCCUUGUUGUCUUCAUCUUGUCUUCUUAACUGGUUUCCACUAACUUGAACUUGGGUUUCCAGUUCCAUGACCUUUUAAUUGAAACACUUAUAAUUAUAACAAAUACCCUAAAAAUAUGUUUUUUUAUUUUUUUGGGGAAUUUUUAAACAUAUAAAUCACUGAAAUAAAUAGUACCAAUCAUCACAAUAUAAUAUUUAUGAUCAAACUAGGGUUAUAUUUUAUGAUUUAUACUUUUAAUCUUAGUUCUUUCAGCUCAGCUAAUGUCUCCAUUUCUCGAAGUUUGGAGGUCAUGAGAUCUUCUUCAAGUCUCUGGGUUUCUGCGUUGUUCCAGUUUAAUAAGUUACCAAUCUUUUUGGGUGUUGAAUCAGGUGCAGGUGGCGGAUCAAUUCUUUUUUUUUCUUGCAAAUGCCGUUGCCACUGUGUGUUGAUUUCAUUCACUCUUUGUCUGAGAUCUUUUAAAGAUAAGUUGGCUUCUGCUUCUCGUAAUUUGACAGCAAUCAGUUCUUCUUGAAGGUGAGCAACAGAGUUGUCUACAACUGAUUCUCGAAGAGUUUUCUUGUCCUUUAAUAAUAUACUAUUAUUAUUAUUUUUUCAAAUAUACAGACAAAAAGUCCUAUUACAGAUUUAGGUAAGUGUUCUAAAAUAGUAACAUAAAAAUAAUUAAAAGUAUUCAAUGUAAAAACAUACAAGAUACAAUACUAAAUUGUUACAGUAGGUACUAAGUAGGCAAUAUAUAAAAAGUAUCUCAUUAUAUUUGUUUAAUUUUCUAUUAUUAAAUAUAAUCACGGUACACUUACAUGUUCUAAUUCUCCAAUCUUGUCUUUAAGAUCACGUAUUGUAGCUUCAUUUUCAGCAUCUCUUAAUCUAACUUUAACCAAUUCUUCUUGAAGGUCACUAAUCAUUUCUUCUUUAAGUGACAAUUGUUCUUGUUUUAUAGAAAGCUCAUCUAGAGAUGAUUGACAUGAAUUGUGCUGUAAAAAUAGAUGUAUUAAAAAGAUGUAUUUAAGAGCAAAACAAAUAACUUACAUUUUCUGUUAUUAAAAUAGACAUUUGUUUAAUUUCGUCUAAAGCAUUUUCUAGGGCAUGGGAAGUUUCUAAAUGUGUAUGUCGUAAAGCUGUUAAUUCUCUUUGUACAAUGAAUGUUGUUUCUUCCUCUUCAGCACGAGACACUUGACCUCUUACUAACAACCCAGCCAAUUCGCUAGAUUCAGCUUCAAGAAGUUCAACUUUUUGUCUUAGUAAACGAUUUUCUGUACGGAGUUUCUAGUGUAAGAAUAUUCUCAAUAAAUAAUUUAUAUACUUAUAGUUAUAAUGAAUUGUUUGUAAAAAAAAGAAGAAAAAUGUGCAAGCGAUAGAGCAAGGAAAUAAUAUUAAAAUCAAAAUUAAAAACAGUAUAAUAAAGUAAAAUAUAUUUUGGUAAAAAAUUAAGUUACAUCUGAAGGUAUAUAUUUUGAUAUUACAACUGUUAUUUUAAAUAAAAGAAAUAUUUUUUUCUUUCUCUGAAGUUUUACAUUAGUAAAAUGUUGGCAAGCUAGUAUUGGCAUGAGCAAACUUUACAAGGCAUGCGAAGCUGUAAUAGAAUUCUACAUAUUAAUCUGGGCACCUUGAGUUCAAUCAUUUCUUCCUGUUCCUUGCUUUUAAUAGCUGUAUAUUCUUUUUCUAAUUUUUUCAUACGUUUAACAUUGUACUUGAUAUUAAACGCUUGUGCCAUUAAUCCAUCAGUAUCAGAAUUAGCACGAGAAGGUAAUUCUUUUUGGAAAAACUAAAACAAUAUGUAUAAUACUUAUAAAUUAACCACAAUCAAAUAUAAAAUUAAUAUAAUAGUUUUAAAUUACUCACCCUUAGCAUACCUUCCAUGUCUAAACACAAGAGAUCAUCUUUACCUAAUUGAAGUAAUGCUAACGCAACUUUAAAUAUUAUUUCUAUUCCUUCAGAUAGAAAAACAUCAAUAAUCCUAGAAAAUGAAUUACUAUAAAAAUAAAUUCAUCAAUUUACUGUAAAAUAAUAUACCUGCAAGCAGUAGGUAAUGCUAAUGCAGUGGUAAACAAAGUCAAAAACCAACUACUCGCGUACAUACUAGUAUGGAAGCUUUGGGAUUGGAAAUGUACAAAAAGUUCUGGAAUGUGAUCCUAAAAACAAAAUAAAAUAUUUAUAAUUAGGUACUUUUAAAUAUUAUACUACUAAAUAUUGUAUCAUACCUGGACUAAAUUUUCUAAUUGAUACAUGCAAAGACCAAGUUCAGCCAUGGUUGGUUUGAACAUGUCUCGCAUUUUAUAAUCUUGCAUAACUUUUACAAAAACUGCAAAUGCUUCUUCUUCGGGCAUUUGCAUUAAUAAUAAGCCAACUAUAAAUCCUGAACCUUGGCAAUAGCCCACCUCACGAUCAUGUAACGAAUAUGCUUUCAUGACAUUAAAUAAACUUUCUUGACCAAGACCAUCUUUUUCUUUGAAGAAAUCAUGUUCAGGAUAUGUACGAGCUAUGUCCCUUCUUAUAACCUUACAUAUUAUAAAUUGUUAGUUGAUAUUCUUAAUAUAGGUAUUAUUAUUUUGUAAGAAAGUUAUAUUACUUUUUCACAUGCCGAUGUUGCUUUGAUGUACUCUGGAUAUUGUUUUCUGAUUGGUGAAUCGUUGGCACCACACAAUAACUGCCAAACGAUUCCUCGGAAAUGGUGUGGUACUCCUUUUCUAACCAAUUCUUUGAGAUAAGCAUUUUUUUUCUUACUGUAAUUUUCCCAUUCAUUAACAACUUGUCCCCAAAGACCCCAGACAUCUUCUUCACCAUCUUGACUUGAUCCUGUACCUAUAAAUAAUAGAUAUAUUAUUAAAUUAAUUUUUAAGUACAAAAGACAGACUUCUAACACCUCUCGAAUGAACACGAACAUAAAUAGCAAUGAUAUUUUUGAUAUAUUUUUUUCGUCUGAACGACCUAAACGGUUCACGAGGUGCCAUGCUAUUUUUUAAUAUGAAUUUUUCAAAUUGAAUAGAAGACUAGCGUCUUAUACAAUUUGAUUAAGUUACUGUAUGUUGUAUAUUAAGAUUUCUGUUGUUACUAGCUAGAUCACGUUUAAAAUAACAAUAAUAUAUGAUGAAAAGGAAUGUCACCAUUGAAAAAAAUAGAUUAUAUGUCUAUAUACUAAACAAAAAAAAAAUAUAAUUACUAUAAUAAGAACAAUUAAAUGAUAAAGAUUGAUUAAUUUAAAAUUUAGAUGACAUUAAUAAACUAUACAUGCGAGCUCCAAUGAAAUGAACAAAACAAUUAUUACCUAUGUUAGAUUUUAAAUGGAAUAAAAACCUAGAGUUUUAAAAAAUGAUUAGUGUUUUUGUUUUAAUACAUAUUUAUAAUAUUUAUUAAAUAUGAACCAUAUAAUAAAUGAAUUUGUAUUUUAUUGUAACAUAUAAUAUAAACUAAUUGGAUAUGGUAAAUUUGUAUAAUUAUUCACUAAGUAUAUUGAUUGGUAUUUUUUUAAAUUGUAUUUAGAUUUAUUUUUAUGUAACUAAAUUAGUAGAUGUAUUAAAAAAAUAAAUACAAAUAUUCUUAGAAACAUAUUUUAUUUCAUAACCAUGAUGAUAAAUUAUAAAAAAAAAAAUGUAGUUUUAUUGCUUUCAACAAAAUAAUGUUAUAAUUUGUAAUAUUUAAAUAUAUAUGUAUAAAUAAAUGUAUUUAUAAUAUAAUAUACUUCACCAUGUUAAUUUGACUGAUUAUGGGAUAAAUUAAACAAAGUAUAUAAAAAAUAAUUUGUUAAUAAUUAUAAUUGUUUCAUUCAAAAUUAAAGAUUUUCGGGAAAGAAUAAAUGUAUAUGAUGAUAAUCCCCAGUAAGUAUAAUGUUAGUAAUGUUAGUCUUUUAUUACUUUAAUACAUUUAUUUAUAUAAGUUUCUUUAAAUACUUACAAGGGACCUACCCAUAGUAGAUAAGGCCAAAUUCAAUCAAGUUAUGGAUAUUUAAAAUCAGGACUUGAAAACAUUAUGGUUUUAACAUAAAACCUUUGAAAAAACGAUUGAAAUUAGUAAAACUUAAUUUAACAAAGAUGUCAUAAAAAUUAAACAAAGAAAACAUUUAGGUACAUAAAUUAAAAAACAUGAAUCAAAAUGUAAUCACCAAAACAUUAAAUUUGAUAUUUGUAUUAUUAUUUUUGAUUCUGAACAAAGCAAGGAAUUUAUUUAUUUUACUAUGUGAUUUUUUAUGUGUCUAUAAACAAGUUUUAUACUAAAAAUUUUGCUCUAAUUAAUAAUAUAUAGGAACAUUAAGGAACAUAAAAUUUUUAAUUUGGUUUUUAUAUCGAGAAGAGCAUUUAUUGAUAUCCUUGUAGUUUUCUUAAUAAAUUGAAAAAAAAAAUGGAAAUUGUCAGUAUAAUAGUUUAUUUUCGUGUGUAGAUUGUAUGUAAAAAUUAAAUUAUUCCUUAUGUAUUUUGUUCCAAAUAUCUCACAAAACUGUAGUACACUCAUCAGCAGUAUAAGCUUUUUUAUUUUGUUGCCAAAUAUAUGAUCAAAAUUGUUUGAAAAUGAAAAAUUAAGGAAGGUUAACCUAAGAAUGCAAUUUAUAAUUGCACAAAAUAAAAAACUUAUGUUUUAUCAACAGAUAUUUUAAUUUUAUUUAUUUAUUAAUACUUUAAAAGGUUUAUUUUAAUAAAUUAUUUUUUUAAUAAUAAUACAAUUAUUUUGUACAUCUAAUGUUUUUCUUGGAUAAUAACACUAAAGUUUAAAAAAAGAGCUAAUACUGGUAAUGGGUAUGGCCAUUUUUUUAGUUGAGAUAUAUAGUUAUUUAAUUUAUACCUGUAAUCAAUGAUAAACCAUUACUAAUGAUAAAAAUAGGCAUUUUAUAGUUAAUUUUUCUGAAAAUAUUGACGUACAAACUUUUUAUUUUUAUUAAAUUUGUAAAUUCUUAAUACAUUUUUAAAGUUAAUAGAAAAAAAGUGUACAGUCAAUUAGCUACAAGAAUAAUAAUCAAUUAGCGAAUGUGAUUACAGCCUGUUGCAUAAUCAUAGAAAAUAUUAUUAAAAAUGACAAUUUUAGUGAAACUAAAAAAUUGAAACUUCAAAAUUUUCAGAAGAAUAAAUUCUAUAAAAUAGCUACAUUCAAAUUUUUAAAAAAUAAUACAAUUUAAGUUAUUUCUUUAGUUUAUUUUUACCAAAACAUAAAAAAUUAAUUGAAAUAUAAAUAUUAGUAGUCUUUAUCCCUACAUGUAAUAUAAAAAAAAAAACAACAGAAUUUGAUUAUUUUUGUCAUCUCAAGAAAUAUUUCAAUGGAUAUAUCUUCGUGGGACACCUUGUAUAAUUAGGUACAACUUCUAUUGAGCCUCGUAUUAAAUAUUCAAGCAUUUCUAUUUAUCAAACAAUUUUUCCUAUAUAGUAUCAAACAAGAAAAACUAAAAACAAAUUCAAAAUAUAAAAUACCUUAUAAAUAGCAAAAAAAAUAAGAAUAUUUUUAACUGAUUCAUAACAAAAAUACAAAAUUGAAAAUAAUGAAAAUAUUAUUUCCAUACAUUUUUUAUUUCUUUCUACGUUUAUUUUCCAAUUAUUCAGGAAACUGUAUUUGAAAAUUAAAAAAAUUAAUAUUUACUCACCAAUUGAAUUCAAAGUGUAACGAUAGACCUUUUCUUUUAUUAUUUUUUGAUUAGAGUAAGAUUUCUGGUAAAAAAGUUGUUUACAGACAUAGACGCACACACAAAAAAUAAUAAUAAAUAAAAAAAUAUCAUAGUAAAACCAGUACAUUUUUUACUAUGCUCAGAAUCUAAAAAAUUUAAAUAUUUUUAAAAAUAUAGUAAAAAAAAAAUUAAUAUAACAUCAAUAACUGUAAAUUAUUAUUAUUUUUAUAUAUGUUUGUAUUGUCAAUUUUUAUGUUAUAUUAACUACUUAAUAACUAACUUUUAGUGAUAAACAAAUCUAUUUUUAACUUGUAUAAAUAUUUUUUAAGUUUAAAAUAGGCAUUAUAAUAUAAUAUUUUAGAAACAUCAUGGUUUCGUUUGGAUUCGAUUAAUAUGAUAUAUAAAAAUGAUUUAAUAAUUAUUUAAUUAGAAGUGGGAAAUCAUAUUUUAUAACAAUUAACAAUUUAUAUAAUUAAAGUUGUUUAAUUUAAUUUGAUGACUAAUCAUCUGUUCUGUGUUUUAUUAGUUAUUUUAGUAUUGUACGUUAUGUACUAUACAUUUUAGUAAUUUUUAAUAAUAUUGCAAAUAAAAGAAGAUGUAAGAAAUUAUUUUUUGGGGAUUCAUACAUUUAAUUAUCAUACAAUAUUGUUUUGUAAUAUUUGAAUUACUGUAACAAUAUGUACCUAGUUAUUUUUAAUUUGUUUUAAAUCCAUACAAAUAUGUUAUUAAAUUAUACAGACUGUAUAGUAUCAAGCUGUCCUUGAAAUAGAUGGUUUGAUUAGUAGUGAAGUUUUAUUUUUUUGUAAUAUACAUUUGAUUACUUAUAAUAUUAUAUAAGCUGGAAUGUAAAACUGUAAACAUAUUUUAUUAUAAAAAAGAAAAGAAAAAAGUCUGUGUAAUCAGGAAUUUUUUUUUCCUUACUAAUAAUAAAAUUUAUAAUAGUAUUUUAUAAUUUUUAGUCCUAAAAACUGAAAAUUUUGAUCCUAGCUGUUUGAAGUACAUAAUAAUAUACUAGUGUAUAAAAGAACAGACUUCUAUAAUUAGAUAAUUAUCAUAAAUAUUAUUAAACAUAUUUUGGAUAAUUUAUUAAACAUUUUACAUAGUUACACUUAAACAAAUUAAUAAUAUUAUCGACAGUACUUACCAGAUACAAGAGAGAUUUGGGAUGCAUCGGAGCUUUUUCUGGAAUGUGUGCUAUUGUUGGAUAUGGAAUUGAGCGAUUUUGAAUCCGACUCGAUGAGCCUAGGAAUAUAAAAAAUAGUCAUUUAGAAAAAAAAAAAAAAAUAUAAAUUUUUGAACUAAUAAAAUUAACACUGUAAAAUAUUUGAUACGAUUUAUUUAUUUUUCAUACAUCGCUAAUGCAUCAUAUAUUUCGACUACGCGCGUAUGAACUAUGCGAUCGCGAUCGACUGUUCUACAAUCGACAUAUUACUAUCGCGUUAUGCGACUCUUUAUUUAAUAAACGGGAUAUAAUCUAAUCGGCAUUUAUUAUUUUAAUACAAAAUCGAAUUAUAAAUGUAUAACCACCAUCGGCGAACACAACCGAAAUUAAAUUUUUAAAAUUAAAUGGUUCAAUGAUUUAUUUUUGAUUGAGCAUACAUACGCCUGACGUGCCUAUUAUACAUAACUGAAUAUUAUAAUACAUCGGCAAUAUAAUAUCCCCAGAAUUAUUUAUUUUGUACUAUAUUAAACGGAUAAUAAUUAGUUAAUUAGUUAAUUAAUAAUUAGUAUUAUUAUUAUUAUAAAUAUUUUUUUUUUUUUUUUACAGGAAAAACACACGUAAAUUAGCGACUUAUUAUAAUUAAUUAAUAAUUUAUAGCGUGGUGUGUUUUGGACGUAUAUUUUAUUCGAUUUUGAUUUAGUGUAUAUGGCCACGAAUCAAACGCGAUUAUUUCAAAUUAAUUUUAAUUAUUAUUAUUAUUAUUAUCAGGAUACAUCGCAGAGGGAUUUUUAGAAUCGUAAACAUUAUGGCAACAUUAUGUCGUGCUGUAGUUAGUAUCGUAAUAACAGUGUAUAAAACACAACGACAACGUCUAUGUUUUUCUAACGUUCAAUGUCAGUGUUAGUAUCCACUACUCAGUACAAAUAAUUAGAAAACGUUAAGAUAAUCGAAAACGUUGUUAAAAUUGUUAUUAUUGUUAGAGCUAUCAAUAUUUAAUAACGUUUCUCGUAAAAUGCCGUACGCAGUCACGUGAAUCAGAUCGAUACCGUCAAACUUGGUGGUCGGUAAAAGUCGUCGGCGGGAUUCUGAUAUGACAUCGGGGAUAUUAUACACGUACAAAAUAAUAUGCGCGCGACAAUAAAUUAAUAUAAAUGGGUUGUGCAAUUGACACGGGAUCACUAUAAUUCACGUCAGAUUCAUGAGUACCGCGCCAGUGUAAGCGACAUUCAAUUAACACGUUACACAUACCAUACAGAGUGUCCCACGAAGAUAAUAUACCCAUUGUAAUAUCUCCGGAGAUAUUAAUAAAGAUGAUCAAAUUUUUUUUUUUUUUUUUUAAAAAAUAACUUUUCAUUUGAAUAUUUUUGAAAAUGUAAAAGUUUAUUUUGUUGAAAAUGUUGACGUAUCAACUUUUUUUUGAUUUCCAUCAAAUUCGUGAUUUUUAAUCAUUUUUUUUUUUUUUUUUGAAGUUCAGAGAAAAAAUGUGUACAGUCAAUAUUAGUGCUGCAAUAAUAGUAAUCAAUUAGCGAAUGCGCUUUAUAGCCCUGCUGCAUAACCAUAGAUACGUUUUUCGAACUUUAAAAAUGAUUAAAAAUCACGAAUUUAAUAAAAAUAUAAAGUUGAAGUGUCAACGUUUUCAAAAGAAUAAACCCUAGAAAAUGGCUAUCUUCAAUUUAUUUCAUAAAUAAUAAAAAUAAAAAGUAAUUUUUUAAAGUUUUUACCAAAACAUACAAAAUUAAUUGAAAUGUAAAUAUUUGUAAUCCUUAUAUACUUGCGAGUAAUGUAUAUAAAAAAUAACAUAAUUUGAUUAUCUUUAUUUUCUCAGGAGAUAUUGUAAUGUAUGUAUUUUCGUGAGACACCUUGUAUAUGUGUAAUUUAUUCUCAUACAAUAAUGAAUUAUAAAAUGUAAUGAUAUUAAAUCAUAAACAACGUGCAGUAUAAAAACAAGAACAAUCCAAAUAAUUUAACAAUUGCGAUUUCGAGUGGUCAGGAAAAUUGACUGUUUAAAAUAGUUAGUUACCUACCUACAAUAGUUAAAACAAUAUAAGUUACACCUAUGGUUUUUUUUUUCCGUUUUAACCGCGAUAUCAGUGGAGGAUCUGUGUGAACAUGAUUUAUAUUAUACAAUAGGAUUAGAUAAGUAAAAAUUAAACAUGUGUUAGUUUGAAACUAUUUUCGUAGACAUUUUGUUAAAUUUUUCUGUUGUCAUUAAAUAUUAUUUCGAUUUGUACGUACCUAUUAUAGGAGUGUGGUAUUUUCAAAAAUAAUUUAUUUAUGAGGUUGCGAUGACGUUCAAUUCUAUGGUAAAUCGUAUAAAGAUAAUAUUAUAUUAUACCUACUAAUAGAAAUAAACGUUUGAAUAGCACUCAUAUAUAAUAAAAGUAGAAAAUGAAUAUACUAUAUUAUAAUACAUAUUUUUAUUAAAUAUAGGUAAUAAAUUUGUAUUCUCCUUAUACUAUAAUAUAGCUGUUAACUACUUUAUUGAAUUUAAAAUGUGACAAAUACAAAAAUAUAAUUUAAGACGAAAUAUAUUAAUUAUUUAAUAACCAUUAGUUUUAGAAUAAAAACAAUUUUCAAAAUUUCCAUGAAAAAUAUGUAUAUUAUAUUAUAUUAAUGAAUGGCGUAAAUAAACCGAUCAUGACAAUAUUGGGGAAAAUUUCAAUAGUACCUUAGGUAAAUAAUAUUGAUAUGGUAUAGGCACCAUCCCAAUAUUUAAUCAAUAGGGAUACUUAUGUAAUAUGUAGUCUAAUAUUAGUUGUUUUAUUAAGAAUUAUUGUUGUCUUAAAAAUUUGAUGGACUAUCUUUUACGAAUAUUAUUUACCUAAAUCUUCGUGCCUUACUAGAACUCUAAAAAUAUUUUAUAACGGUAUUUUUAAAUUUUAUUUGAUGGUACACAAGAUGACAUCAUUUAAACAUACCGUUGUAAUUUCGUUUCUUAGCUGUUUGAUAUUACGAGUAUAUUUGUAUUUUUCUAGUGUAUUAUUAGUCAAAUGACAUUUUAGAGGGAUAUAUUUAAUUAUAUUUUAUUCGAGAGAAGGCCAAGUUAAACAUGAAGUGGCGAUCGGGAGAGUUUGAAAGACGGCUCUUGCUUUCAAGGAACCCGUGAACUGCAUCUAUAAUUUAUGGUUUCCUUUUUUAAAUAGCUGCCAAAUACUGUCAUUAUAUAGUAAUAUAUUCUUAUUGGAAAUAAAAGUAACGGACAAGAUACAGAAAAUGGAUGUUAAAAUCUUGUCUCGGUUCGGUGACCUCGGCGUAGACAGUGGUAGAUACAUUAUUAUUAAUUUAAAUGCGAUCGCGACAAUUUGAUGGUAGGUUCCUACCUAUUCGAAAAACCUAUUCUAAUAAGCAUAGGUCAGAAUACAAAUUUAAAUGCGUAUUAUAUUUAUGAUAGGUACGUCUUUUCAUUGAUUUUCCACGGUUUUCAACAUCGUUUUUAUACUACCGAGAAAGUCGAAGGAUUACCUCUUUAAAACACGUAAUUUAUAUUCAACUUCCUAUCCAAAUAUCCUACAUCCAUCAUUCAUAGAAUAUCUGGAGCAAGUACACAUUAACUGUCAUAACGUGUUAAAUUGAAGAUAAUAUAUUGUUUUUGUAAAACGUACGAAUUCCCUUUUGUGUACACGGUUGUAUUAUACUUAAAAUGUAAUCGAGAUGUAACAUUAUUUUAAGGACAUGCAUUAUGCAUAAUGUAUAGUAUAGUAUAGGUAUAUAACAUACUACAUGUCUAAAUACAUUAGCGAUUUACAUUGGAUCAAUGGCACAUUUAAGAAGGAGGCGUUCCCAGGUGUAUUUUAGAACCCCAGGAGAGUGAUAUGGAGCCAUUGUUUUAUUACGAUACGUUUUUUUUUUUUUUUAUUUCAGAAAAUACUUUUUUGUGGCAAUAACAAAAUACUGCAGUCCAAGUAAUACAUUCUACAUAGUGAUAAAAUAAAACACGAACUAUUGUUGAUAAUAGGAACCUAAUUUAUAUAUCCGCAUUGUUUUCAAAUUUCUAGGUUUUCAUGAUUAAAAAAAGAAAAACCAAAGGGGACUUAAUCAAAAGUUAUAUUAUUUACAAUUAUACUACAUCCUGUAAACAUUUCUUUACAUGCAGUCUUAUUUUUAUAUAGUCAAUUAUUAAAAAAAAAAAAUAUAUAAUAUUUAUUAUAUUAUAUUAAGAUUACAUAAAUUACCUAAUAUUUAGCAUACGGUUACAGGAAUAUUUUAUAAUUUCACUAUGAUUUUUAGUUUUAUAUUUCCACAUUAAAAUUUUAUAUAAAUCGAAAAUAUAUCAUAUUAUGAUGUGCACGAAUUACGGUUGAAAAUGAAGGAGAAUAUAUUUGCCAAGUGUAUUGGUAGCUUUGACACAUAUAGGUAUACAGACAAAUUAUAUUUUAAACGACUCGACGACUGGUUACGUAAAUAAAUUGACAUAUUGUAAAAACGAAAAAGCAGAAAUGCCAAUAAUUUAUGUGUUUAAACUGCCAAGCGGCGGUGCGCCGAGUAAUGCAACUGUACGCGGGUAUAGAUUACUGGUGUGCUGGUGCCCCGUGUAAACUUGAAAACUUUAGCAAAAAAAUGACUAAGUGAAUGGAUACUUUUAUCAAACGCAUCGGCAACGUGCUCACAAAUUUCCUCUGUGCGCCACCGAUCCUGAGCCAGAAAACGGGCACUUUGGCUUCGGACUCGGCGAUUACCUCUAUGGAUUAUAUUGUAUUAUUAUUACAUACCGCGGAGCCAAUAUCAGAAAAAAAAAUAUAGUCUCUGCGACUCGAGGAGUUUACAAGCAGUGCGCAGGUAUUUGGGGGAGUAAAGGGGUAAAAUCAUUUUACAAGUAAAGUGCGUGCGUGCCAAUAACGACGCACUGUAAAAUAAAUAACAAUAUCGUUGUAAUUCAUUGCUUCAUUAGUGUGUGCGAUCCUCUAGUGCCGUCGUAAACACUGAAAUAACACGCACGCAAUAUCGCAGAGUAAAAAACAGAAAAAAAAAAAAAUCACAAAUACGCGUUAUUUUAUACAUAUAUACCGUUGCAUAGACCCAUUUUCAAUACUACUGUAUGACCUAUGUAUAUAUUUAUCCGAUACGAGGAUUUCUGAAAACCUAUUUGAAUUCACUGUCGUCGUUUUUUUCUUUCUUCGUUGUUUUUCACGAUCGUCGAUUGAUUUUGAAAAACGGGAAGAAACGAAAGGAGGAAUAUCUCUACCGAAAGGGUACGCACGACCGGAAAUUCAAUGAACGGAAUCUUUAUAUUAUAUUAAAUAAUACUAUAACAUAUACCUAUCUAUAGUGUCUAUAUAUCGUUGAAAAGGACGCCACACGUCAUGCUUUUGUUGCCCUACAAACGGACGACAAAGCAAAUUUGAGUUCAUUGCAUUACCAACUUUUGUGCUGUUAGUUUUAACAUUAGAGCAAAUCCAGCUUAUUAUCAAACUUUAAGAGAAAUAUCUAUACGUUCGUACGGUGGUUUUUUUUCGACAUUUUAAUUUUCAAAUGAUGUAUAAAUAUUUUAACAAAUAUCGUGAUAUUUCACGUAUUCAUAUUUCGCUUAAAAAUUGAAAUAACGAAAAAACCAACGUACAAUCAUAUACAUCGUUCUCCACAUUAAACAUUUGAUAAUACUCAUGGGUCGAUUCACUCUAUAAUCUUACAACAGCAUCACAAUAAAUUGGUUCUGUCGAACGCAAAUCUGGUAUGUCGCGCGUAUACGCAAUACGAAGACAACAAAUACAUACUGUAUAGCGUGUAUAGCGUACUCUUAGUAUAAUCGGAUUGAAAAAAAAAAAAGGUGUUUCGGUACAGAAUAAUAAUAAUAAUAACAAUAAUAAAAACGACCUGUCUCCGCAAAUCCCCGUCGCGCGUAUAACAACAGCUGAUAAUACAUAAAACAAAUUUAGUUUCACUUAUAGGUAUCACUUCAGCGAUGACUGUACGUUGUACUACAACACGUCAUAAUAAUAAUAUAAUGACUCAUAUUAUAUUAUUAUGUAGGUGGGUGUAGAACUCACCUAUUGGCUUCCUCGAGUUUCGCUAACAGCGCCAGUUCUUCGGUGGUCAGUGGCAGCUUUUUACAAUGACCUUCGUCGUCGUCGUUGUUGUUGUUGUUUAUAAAAUCUGUGGCGAUCGUCUGUGACGAUACCAACAUAUCAGCCGAAUGAACGGGUGGGCUCAUCGCGAUCGUCUGGGCCGUACGGCCAAGACGUCGGGACGUCGGUAGUAGUGUAGUUUAACCGGACAGUCGGUCGGAUUUGUGGAAGACAUUGUUACGAUUUAUCAAAAUCUGUAUAUAUAUAAAAAAAAAAACACGUCAAUGAGAAUAUUUCAUAACAGCAGUGUCAUAGGUAUAUUACAUUAUUUUACGGCUAAUGUUGACGAUUGGAUAAUUGAUGUCAAAUUUUCGUUUGGCGGAAGAAUAGAAUCACGAUUUUGUGCUAUCAAUUUAAAUAUAAGAGUGAAUUGGCAAUUUAACCAUCAAACCUAAAGAUUAGGUCUUUAUUUGUGUGCGUUGAUUUUUAUCGAUAUUUUAAUGUUUAGGAGAAAUACGAUGGUUUUUAAAUCUUAAUAUUUCAAUCCACUAAAAAUUAAAAUAUUGAAAAAAAACUUAAGUACAAGCAUAGGCAUUGGUUGUAUAUUUAAGUUUGAUAACAGGCCAAUUCACUUUAACUAACUGCAAAAAAUCGGUUCAACUGAACGAAAAGUUGACAUUAUCUAAUUUUAAAAACAUUGCAGUAAUAUAAUAUAUAAAUUUAUUGUACUCGUAUUAUUUGUUUAAGUAAAAGUGAUGAUUAUUUUUAUUAUUAUUAUUAUUAUUAUACAACAGUAGUGACAAUCAUGAAUAAAGAUCAAAAGAUACAUGACCGCAUUAUAUAAUAUAACGUGCAUACAUAUGGUUUUUUCAUUUUAUUAUUUUUUUUUUUACUGGUCUAAAUGCAUGCUAGUAAGAAAAUAUGUUUAGUCAAUAUUUUGAUGGGCAAUCGCGCUUUAUUCAAAACAUACGAUGAAUUUGAACCGAUAUAUUAUUAUAUUUACUAUUAUACAUAGGCAAAUCAGUUUGGUAAUUAUUUUAGGGUUAAUACCUACAUAGUCCAUAUAAAAUUGCGUGAAUUGAUUUACUAAAUUACGUAUUUUUUUCCACAGUUAUAAAUCCGUAAAUAUUCAUAAGUAAUCAAAAUAAAUUGAAUUUUAAUAAUAUUUGUGUAGAUACAGAGAUUUCUUAAUAAAAACGUAAAAUUUGUUGUUUUUUUUUUUUGUAAUAACUAGGUAAUUACAUACCUAGUCCAAAAAUAAUUUGAAAAUAUAAAUAUAUUAUACAACCAGUUCCUUUUUUUAAUUUUAAAAGUAACUUUUUCUUACAUAAUUUAACAUAUUAUAUAAUUAUUUUGUUAGAUACAGCACUAUAUCUUUUAAUGUUAAUUUUACUGAUAAAAAGACUUUAAUGUGUGUUUUUAAUACUAUAACAAAAAUAAAUUUACUGGAAGAGCGUUAUUUUAAAAACAAAUAACAUUGUAACUUUUUUAAUUUAAAUCUUUGUAAAUUAGAAGAAAAAACAUUUUAGGGACAUUAGUUUGGUGUAGUUUUAUAUUAAUUUUCUAAAAGGCAGUGAACAAUUUAAAAUGCUUUAUUCUUAUGAAUUACGAGACUUAAGAGCACACAUUAAGAAACAAUACACUUAUAUACAUUAUAACAAUGUUUGUUUAUAAAUAAAUACACACGAUAUCAUAUACAGGUGUAAAAAUCAAUAAUACAUAUUAAUCAAAUAUAGUUAAAAUCCAUUAAAUAAUUAAUUAUUUCUAAGUAGUAAUAUAAUAGAAAAAAAAAAAUCAAUUUUGACGCGUCGACAAAAUAAAAUUGUUUUGAGUGAAACAUACUAUUAAUAUUAAUAAUGUGGUGUAAACAAACGUUUUAGUAUAACAUAUCAAAUUAUUUAGACGUCACUGUUUUCAAAAUAUAUGAUGAGAUUACUUCUAAUGUAUACAAACUUUGUCUAAUAUAAUGUAAAGUAAUUAAAUGAACAUUGAAGACCGAUUAUUAUUUGUGUUUAAAAUAUUUCUUAAAAAACUAAUCGAUCAUUUUUAUUGACCGUUAAAAAUAUUUUUAACUCUCACGACCCUAUUGAAAGUAAAUUAGAAAUACAGUUUAAUAUAGUAAAAUACAUUAUUUCGUAUGUAUAAAUUAGAGAGUAAUUUAGUUAAUGUAUCGGUAUGCAACGAUAAAUCAUUGUUAGUGAAAAAUAAUUCUGACCGAAUUUUGGUUAAACGUGUUUUGAAAUGCUGUGAUUUGUAUAAUUUUUGUUCAAAUUUAAGAUAAUUGUUUAGUAAUAUAAUAAGGAGAACAAAUUAAGAAGAGUGCCUACUACCGGUUUCCGUAUCACCGGACUACCAGUCUUCAUAUCUCGUUUUCACUUAUUAAAUUCAGAGUAUGAUGAAGGAAAUUUUAAAGUUAUGUGUUUUUUUACUAAAAAAAAAUUUUUAGCACAUGUUUUAAAAUUAUUAUUUAGUAAAACUUUAUGUUAAACUGAAUACGAAUCGAUCUAUAUAGUAGGAUAUAUUUUUGAAUACAGUUUUCCUAAAAAAUUGCAAGAGUAGAUUCCAGAACUCGUUAAAAAAAAUGUAUGGUUAACUGUAUUUCAGCCAUAUGCGUGUAUAUACUUCAUCCGCAGGUUAUGCAAUUAGAAAAAUAGGGUCUCAAGAUACAAUAUAAUUGGAUCCCUUCACAAAUAUAUAAUUAAAAAAUCACACCAAAUUUAAUCAUGGUGGUUUAUAUUAUGUACUCUAUGAAUUAAAUAAAUAAUAAUAAUAAAUAAAUAAAAAAAAAAAAAAAAAAAAAAAAAAAAAAAAAAAAAAAAAUAAAUGUAAACGUGUUUUUCACGUAAAUUAAAGUAUAUGUAUAUUGAACAAUUUUGGGCGCCAUCAUGAAUAUACACAGACCAUAAUGCAGCGACCCCGUGUGCUUUUAUCGCUUAUAACUUACUGCAGAAGUAGACAUAAAUUGUAUUUUAAUAUAUGGUUAGCUGGUUGUUCUAACCUACUGGAUAGUAUAAUAAUUUAUUACAUGUAGGUAGUUAAUAAUAAUGUAACGUAUAAAAGUUUUUAACAUGCAUAUAUAACUACUUAAUAAUUGUUUCAAAAAUAAUCUUUUCACAUUCGGUGUAAAUAGAAAAUUAUUUUAAUAAUGUGAAUUAAAAUGUUAGGAUCAGAGUUAACCAUUAUUUUAUAGGAUUUUAAGUUCGUUACUAUCCAAACCUGCAGUCUUAUUUCUGUAACAUUGAAAUGAUUAUACCUACCGAAUUUUCAAAUAUCAACCAGAAUAAGGCCGCUUAUAAUAUAUUUUUGAAUAAUUGUUAAAAUAUUGAAUAUGUAUAAUAUACCCACUUAACAUAAACAUUUACAGUUUCCCUAUAUAAAGAACAGCUGUUGUUUACACUAAAAUAUAAAAUAAUUUACAGGUAAAAUAUUUUUUUUACAGCAGAAGUAAUUGAAUCGUUUUAUAAUUACAAUGAAUGGAAAUUUGUUUAGCUGAAAAAUAAUAACUAAUAAUUGUAUUCAGUAUAAUAUUGUGACGACGCGGUGUACGUAUAAUAAUGUAUUUUCUGUGACAAUUAUAAAUAGUAUAUAACUUGCGAGGACGUCGAUUUAAUGAAUGAAUAAUAAAUCCGUAUAAUUUGCAAAUAAAUCAUUAAUAAAGAAUACCUAAAACUCAUUAAUAUUAUUAAAAAUUUCGCACAAAGACCUACCAAUUUUAUAGAAAUAUUUUAAAAUUGCAAAAAAUAAAAAUAUAUAUUUAAACAAAGAUAAUAUAAAGUUUGUGUUUAUAAUAUAUAAUAUGUAAUUACUAAUAAAAUGAUAAAAUAUAGUUUAUUAUAAUUUAUAGGAAUCUAAGAAAUGUUGAUAUACAAUUAUUGAAGAUUUAAUCGCACUUUUUUUUAAAUUUAAGAUCGAUAAUACUAUGUCAAAUCAAUAAAAUAGUGUAAAUAUAAUAAUAAUACUGUAUUCAAAUCAAAUAGAAAUUAUCAAAAUAAUAUUCUAAACUUUAAAGUGGCUAUAUAAUAUUUUAUAUUGUAUAAAAUUAAAAUUAAGUUAUAGCAAGGUUUAGCAAUUGUUGAGUUCUAAAAGGCUAGGUUGGGUUUAUAAAAUAUAUUUUUUAGAGUACCUAUGUGUUUUUUAUAAUUUAUACUUCACUCAUUAUGAUAAGAGGUAGCUUUUUAGUAUAAAUCUUAUGUAAUACAGAAUUUUUUAAGUAUAAUAUAAUUUACUUCGAUGCACUGCAGAAAAAUUAGAGUGAAAAACUAAAAGAAAACGUUUCAAUUAAAAAUUUGAAAAUAACGAUAUAACAAUAUACUCGUAAAUACGAUUUAUGAUCCAAUCUGACAGCUAUAACACUGAACGACCCCUCGAGUAUCAAAAGAAAAUGCCGAGCACAAACGGCUGAUGGUUCAUUUUUCUUACAAGAGACAAAAAUAACUUUUAUAAAUGGCGGCCGGAAAUUGUCUUAAUAAUGAGAUAACAUAAUGAAUACUUAAUAAAACAUUUGAUUACUAACUAAAAAUAAUAAGAAAUUAUAUAAAAAAAAAUCAAAGAAACUCAAGAUGCGGCAACUGCAUCGUUUAAAAAACUUGACCUUUUAACGAGUAGCCCUCGUAUGGUCGUAAAUAGCUUUCUAUUCAUUUUCCUUAGUGUAUAUUCACGUUUUUAUCAUUAAUAUCUACUUAAAAAGUGAAUUUUUUAACAAUUACUUACUCUAAAAACAAUGUAUCAAGAAAAUGAAUUUAUUUAAAAAAAAAAACGAAAAUUUUUUUUAUAUUUUAUUAGAAUUUAUCGAAUAUUGCAUUGUUCUGUGCUAUAUUUCCUCCAAGAUUACAAAAGUAACGGAUUGUAGUUUAAACAUUAUUAUAUACUAUCUGUAUCUAAUAAUAUAUUAUUUUUUAAUAUAAUAAUAAUGUAUAAAUAAAUACGUUUCAGUUGAAAACAAAAUAAUCGAGUCUACAUGGCCGUUAGGAAAUUACCAUUUAAACAAUUAUUUUAUUAUUCACCGUGCGUUAAACAUUAUGUAAUUUAUGACACUAACUUGACCGACCUCGAAUACGCUUCGUAACACCUGAUCAAACCGAAAGCAUAGAAUUUUCCACUGUAUGCAAACGCUGACUUAAAAACGUAAACCCGAUAAAAAAAAAAACUGUUGCAGCUGAUUAAAUAAACCAUCGUAUCAAAAAAAAAAAAUUAAAAAUACGUAAUAAAUGAUGACAUUUUUUUUUAAAGUUGGGAAAAUUGAAUAUUGAAAUAAUAAAAUAGUUAACAGAUGAAAAUAUUACAAUAAUGGAGGCAAAAAAGGUAUCUAAAGUCAUAUAAAAUAUACAACUGUAGUAUACUCGUAUACUAAUACGAGUAUAUAGGUAAUACUUUGAAUGAUAUCGUGCAAAAAAUAAUAUUAUGUUUAAAGAUGGAUAAUUCAUUGAUGAGACAUCACGAUAUAACGCGAUGUCUUAAUAUUAAAACUUCUAUAUUUCUAGAUUUGUUACUCAACGUAUUUUUAUAUACUAUAAAAACGUUUGUUUAGCUAUUAGUUACUACAAAUUGUUUUGAUUAUCUUAAAUGAUAUUCUAAUAAUAAUUUGUUUUUUAUUUAUUUAUUGAAUACACGCCCGAGGGUAUAGGUACAGUUAAUUAAUGAUUAAUACAUUAGAUACUUGAACAUAUGAUAAAUACAAUUAUGAUGAGUAAACAGAAUGAGAUUUAACAAUUAAGGAAUGACAUACUAAAUUUUAAACAAAAUAAUAAAUGAUAAACUUAAAUUUAGAGAUGAGAAUUAUAUUUUAAGAUAAUUGAGUGAAUUGUUUUGGAAAAAAUAUUAUUUCAAAGUCUUCCUUUUUAUUAUUAUUAUUUUUUUUUAUAUAGCCUCAACUAUUUUAUUUGAAACUGUGUUAUAGAAAUAUAAAUGUGUAUAAAAUAAAUAAAUUGUCUAUUGACAAUAAUUUGUUCUGAAGUAUAUUCUAAAUUAUAAUAUUUUUUAAAUAGUUAAACCUAGACAAUACAAUUCAUUUAAUAUUUUGAGUGUUUUUUGGACUCUAAAUUAUCGUUAUUAGUUAUUAAAUGAAGAUUGCAAUAUAUGCGGCUUUAAUGUUAUGAUCGGUAAUGUCAUCGGUAUACUACUCUUGUGAAUAAAAAAUUAACAUUAUAUUAUGUUAUUAUGUUCCACUUCAAAAGAGAAUCUAUUUGUAAUAUAGUACCUAUGGUAUUAAGCAUAUGAUUAUAUUUCCAGUUAAAUAAACUAAAAAUUACUAUAUUUUUUUUUUCAAUUUGUAAAUUUUACAUUUGCCAUAUUUUUAUAUUUACAAAAUAUAGUGCUGAACGUAACACUUUUAAGUUUAUUUAUUUAUUAUAUUAAUUAUAAUAUUAAUGCCUUCCAUUUUUUUUUUGGCUAUUACUCGCAUGUUGUGCUUUUCACUCUAGUAGGCGAAAAAAUUCUCCGUAGAAACUCCUGCACUUUUAAUGGACACGUCAUCAUGUGGAAUUAAUAAUAAAAAUAUUACCUAUCUAUAUACGACAUAGUAAACGAGUGUAUAUAUAUAAGGACUCGUAAUAUAAAGACUAAUAAAUAAAUAAAAUAAUAUUUGUUUGAGAAGUUUGAGAAAGUUUUGUAUUUUAUUAACGAAAAGUAUAGAAAAGACGAAAAAUGCUGAACUAGAAAGGUUGUACAUUUGUACAACAAACAAAAUAUCUGAAUGUUUAUAAUGGUACAACCAUACAAAACAAUUGGGAAUGAGCUGACCAUGCCAUGUUUGACGCGUUGAUGGAAAUCUCUCAAAAACUUAACAAAAAAGCGACCAAGAGGAAGAUGCCACCUUGUGGUUAGAAAUAAGGUAAGAAAAUAUCUCAGAUAUUGACGAGUCAAUGGAAAUAGAAAAUGUACUGGUUUAUUUUAAGAUGUAGGUGCUUGGUAGAAGCUUGCAAAAGGUCUCAUGUGGUCAGUCCAUCGAAAAAAAUAAAUAUAGAAAAUACCCCAAAUUCCUAACAAAAAUUAUUCAAAUAUUGAUCGAAGUUAAUAUAUUAUAUUAUAUAAUAACUUGUUACAUAAAAAAUGUACAAGUUUUCGUUGAAUAGCACUGAUGAAUAGCUAUAGACAAUAAGAUGAGUACAUAUUAUAAUUGAAUAUUUUAGAUUCUAAGCGCAAUGAGGAAUGUAUUGAUAUUACUAUGUGUCGGUUUUUUUUGUGUCUGUUAACAUUGCAACAGAUAUUUUUACUAGAAAUCUUGCUGUUAUGAAGCGUUGCAAUUUUUGUCUAAUUGAGGCAUUGAGGUAAUAUUUAAAAUAAUUGGGAUUAUAUGGGAAUAUGUAUGCGUUAUUUUCGAUUUUCUUAAAUGAUCACAGAGUAGUCGUACUUAACAGUCCAAAAUUUCAUAUUAACAAUUAAUGUAUUUUGUUGUACUACAACGGUGGCACACCGGCCAGCAGUAUCAGUUAACUUGAUGCCAAUAAAAUCUAUUUUAUAAUAGGUAAUAUAUUUUUUUUAACUGUCUAUUGAUGAACGGCAGCCGUAGUACCGAUUUACCACACCACUCAACAAAAUUAAAAAAAAUGUAAAUGUCCGUAAACAUAAUCUGAAAUUCACUCAAAACAGUUUCUAAGUAAAAUAUACCGUUUAGUACUAUACAGCUGACGUGUUUAUCCUCCCAUAAAUCUACCUUAGUAGCGAAGUCCAAUAAUAAAACAUUAUUCAGCAGACAUGUUUUUUUUUUUAUUUAACAUUUUAGGUUUAGGAUGGAUUGAUAAAUACGUAUUGGUUUCGCAACAGGUUUUUAUUUUAUUCUUAUUACCGGGGGUUACUUCACACAGAUUAACUUUAUACAUCAGUGUCUCAAAUGAUAAGAAAUGAUAAUCAGAUAGUUUUUGAGUGAACAAAAAUGUAAAAAAUCCUAUUGCGUAUAAAAAAAAUAAAAUAAUAAUAAUACGUACAACAAAUUUUAAAAUAAAUAUUUGAAAUUUCAGCUGAAAUUGCUUUUGGUAGGCUAAAUCGAUACUUGUAAAUUAAACACAAUAAUCUCCUUAGAAUAAUCCAUUUUAGCCACUCCCGUUAUCUAAAUAAAUUUACCCUUAUAAUAAAUAAGACAUUAUAUUGAUCUAAAAAAGUUGCAUUGAGAUCAAAAAUUGUAAAAUUUCCAUAAGCAUAAUAUGACGAGAAAUUUACAUUGAUUUAACGGUUUGGCUAUACAGGCUUUGGCUUACAAUGGUCGUAGAGAAAGUCAUUAAUUUGUACAACAUAAAUUAAAAUAAUAUUAUUUCGCAUUUGAAUUAUACUACAAUAAUAUUCUAUACGAUUAACCGGCGUAUUUAAAACUUUUUAUACAUUUUUUUUUUCUUACGGACAUAAUAAUAACUUAUUUACGAUUUAAAAUGUUUAAUGCUUUGCAAGAUUAAUUUAAUUCAGAAGAAAGUAAUAAUAAUAAUAAUGCUGUCGUUACUGUCUAUCGCACACAAAUUAAAAAUAAAAAGGAACACAAUAUUACACACUCUUUACCAAAUUAAAUUUCUAGGUUAACAUUUAGUUUUAUACACGUACAAACCUGUUAUGCAAUUUUAAAAAGGCAACGAUAUAAUAUUUAAGUUUUGACCGGGUCCGCAUUAAUAAUUAUAUAGCAUUCUAUAACUUUACAACGAGAAACGUUAAAUAAAUAAAAUCGAAUUUGUACAAUGUAGAUAAAAUAUAACAAUAAUAAGUACCCAAUAGGCGGAUAUAAUAGAUAGUUAUUAAAAAUUAUACCAAAUCCAUAAAAUGUAACGAUCGAAAAAUCAAAUCAAGACAUAGAAAAAAUAAAAAAAAUAAAAAAUGGUUUCUUUUUGAAUUUUAAGUUCGGUGAAAUAUCAAUUCUAUUAUAUUAUUAUAUAUACAUAUAUAUGUAUAAAUUAUGUUAACCUAGAAGUGACGGCGUAAUAAAGUAUAUAGAGCGUAAUUUUGCUAUGCACUAAAAACAUGACGUGUUAUACAGAUAUAUUUAUAUUAUUAUAAACCGCAAAUCGCUGUAGGUACACCAGGCACUGCGUUUGUUAGAAAAUGAUCUUAACAAUAUUAAAAAAAUUGAAGUAUUUUUUUUUGCACCUACACAAUAUUACAACAGCAUGCAAUAAUGAACAUAAUACCUACUAUACCUACUCUUCGCGCACAUGAACACAAACACAUGUAUACCUAUUGUGUUUGCCUAUACCUGCCGUAUAUACAACGAAAACUAUGUACGAGAAAAAAGAGGAUUUUUAUUUUUGGUUAAGCAUGAGUAGCGAAAAAAAUGGUAAUAGGAUCGAUACCUAUAUAAACUGCACAGUUGUUGGUCCGAAUGAGGUCAUUGUUGACCGUAUAUCAUUUCUCUGGGGAAUCACAUAAAAAUACAUUAUAAAUACAACAUGAUAUGGUAUUCACAAUGGUACUAUUAAUGUCGGAAAACAUGCAUUUUUGCGUAAGGUACCUAUAAAAGUAAAAAAUGUUUCAUUUUUAUUUGUCAAAAGUUGAAAAAAACGAGUUAAUUGUACAUGAUUUUAUAAUAAUUAUAAGUCGAUAAAUUAUUAUACUUCAAGAUAAAAGUAUUUUAGAUGCUUUCAAUAUAAUUUGAAAGUCGGACAAGCGAGUCUGUCUUAAAAAUUCGGUACAAACUAUCUAUUUUGUAUACCAAUAAUCAUGGUUUGGAUACUUUUUUUUUAAGCGAUUAUUCUAUAUUAAGUCAAACAAGCGUGUAUAUUGUUAGCCCCUAUAUUUAAUUAUAUAGUAUUUUUAAUGGAAGUCUAUAUUAUUAACGUACUACAAUUAUUAUCAAGUCGAAUAUUAUCGCUGAUAAAAAAGAGUUUAUAAUGAAAUAAUAAAUGUAUAUAAUAUACAAAUUGAACGAUACCAUAAAUAGGUAACGUUUAUAUCCUAUAUUAUUGUUUAUGAACAUAUUAUAAACGUGCAUCAAAAAAAAAAAAGGAUACAUCUAGGUGUGUUUAAAUCGAAGUUUGUAGUAUGAACAGGUUCAUCCCACAAGUAUAAAAACGUUAAGUUUUUUAAGGUGUGAUUAUUGAAUUGUCAAACAUUAAAACGUUCAAUAAGCUUGUGUAUGCAUCAAGUAAGUUAAUACGAUUUUACUACAAAAUAAUUCAAUAUAUUAUAUUAUGUUAUAUUGCAUUAAGAUUUGUAAAAUUAUUGUAACUAUCAAAUAUCAAAAUGUUAAUAAUUAACACAAGCAAAUUUAAUCUAAAAUAAUAUGAAUAUUAAUUGCACAUGAACAGUAUGACAAAAAUAUGAACGUUAAAAUAAAAUUGAUUAACUACCUAGUUUAUCUUAUGUCAAGUAUUUAAUAACUGCGGUAUGUUUAAAUUACGAAGGGGCGUUUAUAUCGUUACAACUAACAGAUGUGAACUUAAUCGAUAUUUUAUAGUAUUAACCAAAUUGUGAAAAUAUAAAUUUUUAUUAGAGAGAAAAAACUCCACUAAAAUGAGAUAUUUUACGCACGAAAAUAUUAAUAAUAGUACUGAAUAUAAGUAAUAUUAUUCAGUAAUAAUAUAACUGAAUUCUUACUGAAUACAGAUUGUAUAGUUCUGUAGAAAAUUAUUUUCCGUUUUCAUUCUAGAAAACCAAGAAGAAAUUACCACCGUUUAUAUUUAAAUUCUAAGCAAUAAACAUAAUUAGUAUUGUAUAGGUAUAAGAUACAAUAAAUAAAAACCUAAAGCUAAUCCAAAGUAUAGCGAAUAUGAGAAUUGAGACAGAUUCAAACAUUUAGUCUGUAUGUUUUUAGUAGGUACCUACCUACAUUUUAUAAUAAUUGUAUUAUUAAAUAGUAGAUACAAAAUUAAAAACUAUGUUACCGUUGAAGAAAAUACCCGUGGGUUAGGUUGGGUACGUGUGAUGUUAAAAUACGCUGGCCUGUACGUGUAGGCAUCGCGUGGGAAGAAUCUGUAGGAAUCAGAAUUCUAAAUCAAAUCCUACUGAUUUUUCACGAUACCUACAUGAAGAUAGUUUAACCCAUUAGAAAAUGUCAAAUAAAUUUUAAAAAUUUAAAUAAUCACAUAAAUAGCCAUAACAACACUAUGCAAUAUUCGUACACCAUAAUGUUAAUAAAAUCAUAACAGAUAAGUAGUAUUAAUGAAUAAUAUUUUAUUUUUAUUUGGAUCAAAGUUAAAUACGUUUUUUUUGGAGCAGUACACAAACCAUUGCAAAAAAAUAAAAAAACACGACACGCUAAUUGCAUAGUUUAACAAUAUUAUUGAUAUUAUUUGAAUUUGAAAUUCGUUGAGUAAAAGUAAUUCAAAAGAACCUCGCUUAUUAAUUCAUAAAUCUAAUUUUUUAAUUUCGCACAAUUAGGUUACAAACACAAUUUUAAAAUUUUAAAACAAAAUGCACAGGUACCUAUAGGUUUCCGUAUUUUCAUACCGAAAAAUAAUCCAUAAGUAAAUCACCGCCAAUAAUAAAAUCGAUACACUUACCUAGAAUAAUUGGAUGUUAAAAAAAUUACAUUACGGGAACUGCAAACACCGCAGUGAAAUAUUGUGAGUAUUAACGUAUUAUAUUUCUCAUAUAACUGCAGUUGUAUAUUAUAUUCUUAAACGUAAAAAUGCUAUUAUGUGGUAUAACAUGAGAAAAUAUAACACAUAAUAUUUUUUAUACAUACCAUCGUAACAAUGAACAUUUCAUUCAAACCAAAAGGUAUUAUAAAACGUGUUUCUAUCUUAUACCUAUACCGAUGAGUAAUAAAAUAGGUGACAUAAACAUGAAAGCAUCUAGAAAACGAUUUCCUUUUGUGUCUAUUGCUAGAUACCUAUUUAUUAUUAUUUGGUUAUUAUAACAUAAAAUAUUAUAUAAAUCGUGGAAAUAGGUACCGUUAAGUUUUACAAAUAUUUAAUUGUUACAUGAAAAAAAAUGUUUUUAUAUAAUUAUAAAACCAUACCGUACACAACAAAUUUAAUCAAAAGGGCAAUGGUUUGGACGUGCGAGGAAAAAGAAUAUCUACGCAAUCAGAGAGGUUAUAGAAUGGAGACCGACGAGUAAAAGGCCAAGGGUCGAGACGUCCAGAAAGUGUUGGAUCGAAUUAAAGAACACCCGGUGAAAAUGGGAAAUAUUGAUCGGAAUAAUAGAUAGAUGUGGAAGGAAGUUAUAUUGACGGUUUAUGUUCUUGAAGAAUUGUUAAGCUAGAGAGAAAAAUAAAAACUAUAACAUCUUUUGUAAAUAAAUUAAAGUUAAAAAUUAUGCAUUCAAAAUAAUUACAAUGCCUGCAACAAGAAAAUAUUAUUAUAAUACACAAUGUUAUUGAAACAAAAAAAAAAAAAGUGUGUGUGCGUAGUCAUUUGCGUUUCAUAUAAUGAUCCCUAUACCCAUCUAGAACUAUUGUGUAAAUUCAUAAUUAUUCGAAUAUUAUACCUACCCAUGUUACCAAGACUACAGCCAACUAAUUUCUGAAUAUAAUGAGCGAGUGUGUACCUAACUAAAAUUCAUACGACACCGAGGACGAAGCGUGAAAUGAAACUUCUGAAAUGUCGUUAUCAGAAAAACUAUAUAUAGUGAACAAUAAUAAUGGUUUGGCUUUAAACAAAAUAUUCAUAUUUUUUUUUUUUUCUGAUCUUUACUUAGCAUAUACGAGGUACGUGACAACUUGGGUUAAUAUAUUAUGAUAAUUAUAAAAUGUCAACUCUUGUGAUUUACUAAUCGUUCUCGUGAACCAAUAACGAAAUUACAGAAAGUAGGCCCGUCUAGCGUUAAUUAUGCAACCAAUUUCAAAUACGUCGUCGUCGGUUCAAUGGUUUUUACUUAUUUUAAUAGGUAAACUGCGUAAAUUAUAUGCCCAUGACCACCAGUUACCCACACCACCUACAAUAUCGAAAGGAUUUUCCAACUUUUUUUUUUUUUUUUAAAUGAUUUGAAAAUUGAUCGCAGUUCUCUGCACUAUAGGUUGAAUAGUCCUUGAAAUUAAAUUUUGUGAAAAAAAAAAAAAGGAAGGGGGAAAUUUAACAAAAUCCUUGAACUAUAUAAUGGUACACAGUAAAAUUAUCUAUUACGGUAUUACCUUGUGCGUUUCCGUAGAUUUAUCAGGGGAUACGUAUACUGUGCGCGCGCGCAAAACAUAAUUUGUUUUCGCAAAAAAAAAAGAUGUAAAAUAAUAGUAAUAUCGAUUAAUUUGAGUAUUGAAACUCUAUAGAAUUUGAUUCAGUUCAGUAACGGUGUGAAAUAUACACAGAAACAAUGAAAUAUCCGCCGCGUUCGAACACUUCAAUUCGGUAUUGUGUGCUUAUAUAGAGAUGUAUAGGCAAGUAUAUUAUACAGGCUUAAUAUACACCACGGCCGCAGUACAACGACGGUUAAUCGUGAUUUUUUUCAUGCGAAAAACAAUUCGGAAAACCGGCAAAUGUUACAUACAUAACUCGCAGCUGCCGCGUGAUAAGCCCGGAAAGAUUGAUUUUUUGAAAAUUCGAUAAACGUCAACUAAAAAAACAAACGCAGCUAUACAACUCCUGCCGCAAUAGGUGUGCCCGUGCCAAUUACUAAUGCACGCUCGCGCCCGAUAGGUUAAUAUGUCAACGACACGGUAGGUUACGACACACACGCGUACGGGGUGUUUUCGUAACGCCGCGUAAAAAAAACGGUAUAAAUAUCGCGUACGAUAUUAUUGAAAUAAUACGAACACAUUGUACCGGUGUACCCGCCAUUACACGACGUUUCCUAGAUAUUUUCCGAAAACGCGUACGUGUUAUUAUUGCAAUAGGUCGAGAAUUUGUUUACGGCAACUCGGGUCACCCGCCGACCGCGAGUCGCGAGCGCAGUCGUACGCGAUUGCGAAUUUAACACUCUGUCCCCGGCAGAGAACGACGCACUCGCAAUAUAAUAAUAAUAAUAAUACGACAAAUAAGUUCGGAUAAUAUUAUAUUACUGUCCACAUUAUCUUCGACCGUUAUAAUAUAAUAUUCGGUUUUCGCCAAUUAACCACACUGCCGGAGCACCGUUACGGGACGGACAAAGACGGUUUUUUUUUUUUUUAAUAGUAAUAAUAAUUUGUAUGCUACACGCGCAUCGCGCACCGUUGCAGUCGGAAUAAAGUUCUAAUCUCGUUCUGAUGUUGUAUUCAAUUAACGCAAUAACUGUAAACCUAUUACAAUACAUAAAAUAUUAAUUAAUAUUUAACGUACAUUUAACGCGAUUAGUGACCCCGUGCCGCCAUAAAAAAGAAAAUAAUACAAUAUCAAUUGUAGUUCAUUUAUAAUUGGUAUACGCGCGUUAUUCGCGGGAUAAAACUCUGAAAAUACGCGAAAAAAAAACCCGGAUAACUGUAGCAAUAUUUUUUUAAAAAAAAAAACGACCGGUUAACGAUUCAUAGCGAUAUAUUUAUCAUCUCGACAGGGGGAAUUCGAAAUGUGUUUUGCGAUACACGUAUCGCGAUCCGCGAAAUAGCGUUACAUUUUUUUUAUACGCUCCGGCAGAACACUCGCGAUAAUAUCGUCGAUAAUUCGACGAGAGACUGCAGCAGUGUUAACAAUAAUAAUAAUUACCCGUUGUAGUGUGUAGGAAAAAAAAAAACAAAAAAAAAUCGAUCAAAUUUACCAUUGUACGAUCCGGCCGUCAGAUCGCCGUCGUCCAUCGCGAAACGCUACAACAAUAAUAUUAAUAUCGCCGUCGGGACGUUUACCGAAUCCGCGGACAUGGCACUAUCCUCGUGCGUCGUGCCUACGUACGGUUACCGAAACGACGGGAUAAUAUCCGUUUUUGGCCGGCGCUAUAAAUGUCGCGGGGGAGAAAGAGGUAAAAAAAAAAAAACAAGAAUAACAAAAAUAAAUAAAUAAAUCCCUAUCGACGUCGCGGGGCGAAUUUCAAAAACCGAGCAACGGCGGAAUACGGGCGCGAACGCUGAAAGUACGUGGUCCGUUCAAUGACCGGCGAUGACUGCGAGACCGCUAACGACGCCGUGCGCUACGACGACAAUGCCCCCGUCGCUGCGCCGCGUAUCGGCGGCGGUUCGGUUUGAACAUCCAGAAGCGCGUCGGAGUACCGAAUGCGUCCCGUUUACCGCGCGACGUGUAUUUUGCAAUUUCGGCGAACAAUAACGGUUGACAGAGAUAAAAAAAAAAAAACGCCGACCCGCGCCGGCCGUUUCGGCGAACGAACGCGGGCAAAACCCGUGCGCGAUGCGCGUUUUAACGAGCGGGCGCCUGCGACAAGUACGGGCCCGGUAUAUCCGUUCGCAAAAUGUACACGGCGGGUUCGCGACGAUUUUUUGGCGUUCGGGUGGUCGGGGCCGCGCGCGUGCACGCGUCGUCGGUUCAAACGAAAAUUCAUAAUAAUCCGGAAACGCGUAAUUUUAUCGGGGGUAAUAGGUAAACGGCGUUUCGAUUACGUGAGCCGCCGCCGCUCGAGUAUUGAUAUUAAACGGGUAUAAUAUCCAAUAUCUAUCCGUGCACACGAAAUCAACGAUGUGACGAAUGACAAGCGAAUUAAAAUAUUUUAGCAGGUACACCUAACCAAGUCGCCUGUCAUAGUCGAGUCGGUGAAUUUGAAGGAAAUCGUGUGUACUAAUAUUAUAAAGACCACUUCUCUCCCUUUCACUUUCCCUUUGUUCAAUUAAUGAUAUACACUUUGAAAAAUACCCACCUACCUACAAAUUCUCACAUGAUAUCUUUUAUUUGUAAAUCAAGUUUAUUUAUACAUUUCAUUCAAACGAAAACAAUAAUAAUCAGGGUUAGAAACGUACAAUACAGUAAUAUAUACACAUAUGCAUUUAUAUAUGUAACACAUAAAUAAUUAUUUUUUAUACGGCUGCAUUGAGCAAGUUAUCGGGGAAAAUUUGUUAUAUUAAUUGUUAUUAAGUGUAGAAAGUUAUGUUUCAUUCUGAUCGUUAAUUAUAAGUUAGGUCCAUUUUUAUUAAUAAUUAUUAUUAAUUACAUUAGUAGGUAUUUUACAUUUUUAAAUAAUGAAAAAAUAUAUUUGUUUUAAAUUUAAACGAAUUCACCAAGAUUGAGAAUGAUGAGAGGAUAGCUGGUGCAAGUGGGAGCGAGUUGAAGUUUAAAACAUGGGUCGCUGCGCCCAAAUAGUUGGAACGAAGAUGUAGGAAAAGAAGAAUAACGUGAAUACUGGAUAAUAAUAUAUUUCAUAGGAAAAAAAUGUAUAUUAUGUAUUAGUUGUUACAUAGUCUAAUAUGAGCUGUACUAUACGUUAUAGUAUAAAACGUUUUAUACACAUAUACAGGGUGUCCAACAAAGAUAUACCCAUUGUAAUAUCUCAAGAGAUAAUAAAGAUAAUUAAAUUCUUUUUUUUUUUUAUUAAUCACAAAGAUGAGGACUAAAAGUAUUUAUAUUUCAAUUAAUUUUUCAUGUUUUAAAAACAUAAAGUAAAAAACUUAAAAAAUAACUUUUUAUAACCAUUUUAUAGAGUUUUAUUCUUCUGAAAACGUUAACGUUUGAAUUUUUUAUUUUAACUAAAUUCGUGAUUUUUAAUAAUUUUUUUUAAAUUCAGAGAAAAGUAUAUAUAAUUAUGCAGUAGACUGUAAUCCCAUUCACUAAUUUAUUAUUAUGGCUAAUUGAUUGUACAAUUUUUUUCCUUGAACUUUAAAAAAAUAUUAAAAAUCUCGAAUUUAAUGAAAAUAAAAAGUUGUUACGUCAACAUUUUCAAAAAUAAUAAAACAAAUUUGUUAUUUUUAAGUUUUUUUACCAAGACAUAUAUAUAAAAAAUAGUUUGAUUAUCUUUAAUAUCUCCGGAGAUAUUAUAAUGGGUACCUAUAUCUUUUUGCGACACUCAGUAUAACCAACCCUAAUAAUAAUUUUAAAAAUUUAAUAUUAUACAAUAUAUUGAAUAAAAUACAAUUGUAGAAGUAAACUUUAAUAAAAUUUAGAAAAAAUAAUAUAUUUAUUAUAAUGUAUAUAUAUACAUAAAAAAAAAUUUGAUGUUUAAUCUGACACUAGACAAGUUUUUACUAGGAUGUUAUUGAUUGGACAACUCCCUUGUUAUUUAUUUAACUAAUUUUGAGUGAAAAGAGAAAUGUGUAAUUAUUUUUUCUGCGGAUCCACAGUUUGGGAAACGCUGACGAUUCAUUUUAUUAUAUUUUAACAUUCAUUUUCAUAUAGGUAUUUACCAUUAAUUGUUUUAAAUUAAAAUAUAAAGAUUAAUAAUGAAUUACAAAAAAAAAAAAACAUGUCUAAUUAGAUUUUAGUAUAUGUAUAUAUGUAUGUACAUACAUAUACCUGAGUGAAUGAGUGAAAUAAAUAAAUAAAAUUGUAUCAUACAAAACUGCACACCAAAUUAAAUAAGUAGGUAACUGAUAACAAAGUUGUAGAUUCUGUCAGUAUAUGAUAUGAAUUUUCAAUACAUAAAUAAACAAAUUAUAAGGCUUAUUGGAAUAUCUAUUAUAUCUAAUUCAAUUGGAGUUGAUAGAUUCUGAGGAGGAAGGUACACUAAUAACUUGACACCUAUUAAAUCCUAUUGAUCCUAUUAAAUUUGAUCAAUUAUAAUUGGUAUAAUGGUCAGAAAGUCAUAUAUUUUAUUUGUACAGUAAGGUUGUCAGUAGGUUUUAUAUUUUACUGGUAGGUGUAGGUGCCUAAAUUAUUAUAGAACUUGAAAUAAAUAUAAUUAUUAUAGUAUUUAAUCAAGCAUAAAUAUAUAUAUAUGUAUAUAUUUUUUUUCAUAAUAGGUAUUUAAGUGGUGCAAUCUGUUAAAUUUAAAUGUUCAUAAUUAUAAUGUAACACCAUACAAAAUCUGACUGCUAAUUAUUAUGAAUAUAAGUAAAAUUUUCCUAAAUUGGCAAAAAAAAUAUAUUACAAAUUAUAUAGUAUAGUAUAAAUUAUAAUUCUAUAUCAAUUAUUAAUUGAGAGAAAGGCAUAUUAUUAAUGAUCAUUAUAACAGGAGAUUUUCUGCCCUAAUAAGUAAGUAUAAUAUUUCACGUUUGUAUUACAAUUUUAAAGAAAACAAAACAACAUAUUUCCAUAUUUAUUUUAGUCUACUUGCCAAACUAUCAAAUAAGUUAUUAUAUUAAUACAUCUCUCAAAGAACUUACUAUACCUUUACAGUGGAAUAAGCAAAAUAAAUAAGGACUUUAAGAACUUACCAUGUAUAUUGUAUGCUAAAAAAUAAUUGUUGACAAGCAAUUUUAACAUUAAAUGUUGAUUACACAGACUACAGAUAUUUAAGGCAAUGUGAAUUAAGUUUCCCAAUCAGAUACUUGGUAGUAAAUACUAGUAAAAACAUUGAAAUACAUUAAUAAUUAUAAUAUUAUAAAAAAAAACUGUUUGCAUUAGUUUAACAUACUGGUAGACAUGAGAAAUAAUAGCAAGUAGCUAAGGUAUAUUAUUAAGCAUCUAAUUAUAGGUACUAUUAACCUAAGAUUUAAGAAUAUUGGAUCAAAUUAAAUUAAAAAUUGUCUUAUCUACUGUAGGUUAGUAUUUUAAAAUUGUAUGUUUACAAAAGUUAUAUAAUAGUUAUUUAUUGAAUAAUUAAUCACUUAUUUAUACAAUUUUAAGAAUUAUUUUAAUACAUAAAUUAUUAGAAGUUUUGACAAUGGUAUUAUAUUCAAUUUUGAAUAUUGAUAAUUAUUAUCUAAUCUUUUGGUUUUUUAAAAUUAAUUAAACAGAUAAAAAAAAAAAUAAGGUCCAAAAAUAGAAUCAGUAUUCUAUUUCAUGAUUGUAUCAUUGUAAAUAAACAUAUUAAUCCAAACAAAAUUGGGCACAUUACAUAUUUAAUUUAACGUUACACAUUUAAUGAAUUUAAUGUAAAAAAAAAAAAAAUCAAGUAUUUUAUGUGAUAGAACAAUGAUCAUGAAUUCAUUGUUCCUUAUAGUUUGACAAUGUUUGUCUUUUUAGUAAAACAAUAAAUAUGGUUCUAAAUUGUUGAUAUUUUUAAAAGAAAUAAUCAAAUUAAAUCCAAUUUUAUUUAUGUAUAGUAAUACCUAAAUAAUUUAAAAAUAUAUAGAUAAUUCAUACCACUCUAAACCUUAAAGUUAAUUUCUAUUUUUAGUCUAAUAGGUACGAGAUAAUAUCAUAGAGUAUAGGUAAUUAACUACUAUGGAUAAUGGACAUUCUAUACAUAAUAUCAUCCUUUUAAUAACAUGGGGCAUGAAUGAGGAUUUCAAUCAACAAUUUGUGAAAAUUGUUUUUUUAUUAUACAGUUCAAAAAAUAUUUUUUCCAUUCUAAUGCAUAAUCUAACAUGUUUUUUUUAAAAUUGACUUUUCGUUUCCUAAAAAGUUUAUAACUACUUAUUGAUCAAGCCUUUCUCACACACACCCUUAAAUUAUCUAAAUAAUAACAUUCAAAAUAAUUUUCUUAAGUAUUUACCAAUACAAAAACUCACUAAAAUUUAUAAUCUGUAGAUAUAUUGCACUUAAUAUAGAAAUAAAAUGGUCUAACACAGAUAUAUUUACCUUGAAAAUAAUUGGACGAAAAUUGAUAAAAUUCAAAAAAAAAAAAAAACGCCCAACAGGAAUCAACACAAGCCUAAAUGUAAAUAAAAAUAAAUGGUAGGAUCUACUAUUAAAAUUCUAUGAAAAACAAGUAACAAUUACCUAAUGCAAAUAAAUGAUGAAUCAAUAGGGAUCUAUAACCUAUGAAUAAUAUUUAAACUUUCAACACCAUUUUCUGAAAGUACUUUUUUUUAUCAAAAAGUACAUAAGUAAUAUAAUUUGUUCAUUAGUACAGUAGUAAUAUUUAAAUUAUUUUUAUUGUACCGGGUCAGGUAAUUAUUUGGAUUUAAUAAAUUUGAUUAAAAAGUCAUUCAUGUUGUAUUAGUUAUAGAGGUAUGUAUGCAAUAGAUAGACUUACCAAUUUAUAAUUGUAGUUCAGUCAAAUAUUAAUGAAUAUUUCAGGACACGUCACAAUUGAAUACAUCAGGGAAUUAUAUUAUGUAGCAAAUUAGAUCCAACUGUUUUAUAAACUCUGGAAAAUUAAUUGAUUAUGGUAAUAAGUUAAUAGUGCAAGUCUUAAAAAAAAAUUAAUACAAAUUCGGUAUAAAAAAUAUAUUUACUGGAUGUCUGGAUUGCUUAUCGAUAGAUAUAAUAUUGUUUUAUCAAAAUUAUUGAACUUUCUAAUUUAACAUCAUUUUCGGAUUGAUUUGAAACGUUUCGUUUCAAUGUAAAACGUUUGAUAAAAAUUAUUGAUUUGACUUCAGUUUCGAUGAUAUUGAUAAUAGAAAUAUUAAAUUAUUAAUGGCAGUUGGUAGUAUCAAAAAUAUUAUCUAAACUAAAAAAGUAUUAAAUUAUUAAAUCUAUUGAGAAAAUAAUCAAAGAUAUUAACUCAUUAGAUAUAUUGAGUGAGGGUUCGACAUAUUUUCUAGGUGAAAAAAAAGUUAACAUUUUUAAUUUAUUGGACAAAUUUGAAAUAUUGUAUACGUUCAUGUAACCAAAGAGGAUAGAAACAUGAACAGCUGGGGAUUUUGUUUACGCCGUCGUUACCACUGUACAAAUUGUAUGGUUAUUGGUUAGUUUUUACCUUUUGGGCCGCCUUUGGAACGAUGAUUAAAAUGUUGGUCUCUUCACCGUUGUUUAUACAUUUCUAUCCGGUAUCUGUCCAUGUUUAUGCAAUAUUUUAUGUAUAAACAUAAUAAUAAUUUACAAUAAUAAAUAAAAGUGAAAAAACAGUAUUUUUGGCGCCGUUUUUUAUUCCAUUCGUUUCUACUACACUCCCGCUGCUUAGCGGUAUAUUUUAUCAUUUAGCAUAGUUUUCCGGUGAUGGAAAAACGGGACGGCAAUACAACCGAUCUCCAAAAAAGUAAAAUGAGUGAAGAAGAACAACUUCCUGCUGGAUGGGAGAAGCGAGUUAGCAGGUCAACUGGUAAGUAACACAGACAUUGACCAUUCUUCAGGGUCAAACGUAUUGUCCGACUGGUUAUCCCAGUAGAAUCUUUUUGUUUGCAUAUAUUCCGUAUGCCGUGUAGAUGCUUUUAUAAUGAUGAUCGUUUAGAAAAAUUAAUAAUGUUGCGUAAAUCGGAUUGAUAAUUAUCUGGUACAUUAUUUGUAUAAUAUUGUAUUUGUUUUUAUAGGUACCUAUGUACCUAACAAAUCUAGUAAGUAAUGUUAAUUUCUUAGGAUAUACGAAUUUUAAACAUAAUAGCAUUUCAUUUAAUUAAGUAUAUGGUUAAUUUCAAAUUGGAGUGUAUCAAUUCUACCGCUUCAUUGGUCGAUUGAUCAUGGUUGGGUACCUUCUUUUAUGUUACACUUUUAGUUUAUGCCAUUUAUUAUAAAUCGAUAAUUAAGAUACUUUUAUGUAUGCACCUCAAAAUUUUAUAAUACAAUUUUUAAUCUUGCAUCUCAUGGUUUUUCUCUAUUAAUGCUGUCUAUUUAUUAUCAAAUCUAUCGAUAAUUCUAAUGAUACAUAUUUUAUUAUUAAUAAUACAAUAUGUCCUAUGUAUACCUUGCAAUAUCUUAAUAUGAAUUAAUAAUAACACUUAUUAUUUGACCUUUCUAUAAUUUUCUUAUCUUACAAUAACAACUUGAUACCUAUAUAGAUUAUGUCUAUGGAUGUAAAUAUAUAAAAUAUUAAGGUACUUAGAUAAAUCAUCUGUAUAUUACAGGGUUAAGUAUAAUGAAAUUUAACUAGUUUAUUUAAACUAUAGUAAUUUGUAUAAUUUGUAAGCCUGGAUUUUUGAUAAAGAUUCAAUAGGUUUUAUGUAAUAAUAUAUUUGAAUUAGAUUAUAAUUGUUAUUACUUUGAUAUUAUUUAGAGUAUUUUAAGUAUUUAGAGUAUUUUAAAAAUGUGAUGAGGCAAGCCAAAUUUUUUUAAAAAUCAAAUUAGUUCAAGUUAGUUACAGUGUAAAGAAUAUUUUGGAAAUUAUUUUAAACAGUGUUAUGCUUUAAUAUUAUAAUUUAAAAUAAACUUGUCAACCUGCCAAGAAUGAUUUGCAGUUAAAUCAAUGUAUUUUUGUUGGUUUAAAGUUGUAUUAAUUCAUAUUUAUAGUUUUUAAACCUAUAUCCUGUGAUACUCACUAUAAAAUAAAGCAACCUUUAUAAUUGGAAGAAUGGUUAGUCUAAUAUUUAGAUUUUAUAGAUAAUAUCCGUAGGUAUAAUUUUAUGGAAAAUUAAUAGUCUAUUGCUUAAUACCAUAGACAUAUAAAUAAUUUUAUAUGCCUAUGCUUAAUACUAGUGAUGGGUACAAUUUAAUUAUUGCUAUCAAACUAUUUGAAUAGUUUAUAUUUGGUUUUCAAAAAAACUAAUCAAAUAAUUUUUCAAAAUAUUCAAUUGUUUUCCAAAUAAAAAUAUUUGGUUAUAAAAAAAAGUAUUCUAAAGAAUAAAGAAUUCAGUAGUAAAAACUAUUUGUGGUGAUCAUUACUAGGUACUUAAUACCUAGUACUUAUUAGUUAUUAGCUUUCAGCAUAAAUAUAGUGAUUGGAUUUGAGGGUGGUGAGUUACAUAGAAAUAUUAAGGCAUUUAUUUGCAAAACUAAAUUGAGAUAUUCCUGCACUCUAAAAUUUGAAUUAUCUUAUAAUUUUUUAACUAUUUUCGGUAUAAUUUUUAAAUUUAUUUGACUUAUUAAAUAUUGUAUAAAAUGGUACUUUUAUAAUAUGAUACCUACCAGAAAAUAUUUACAUACGCAAUAUUUGCAUGGAAUGUUAAUUUUAUAAAACAAUAUUUUUCAGGAAUAAUAUUUUAUUGGAAAGAUAUUUCUGAGGAUUUGUGUAACUAGACAAUAUAAUACAUAAAUCAAUAAAAUAAAUAUCGGGAACCAUAUUCGUCAGAACCGGUAUUUCGCUAGACAAUAUAUAAACAGAAAAAUAAAAGAACAAAUAAUCAGAUAACUGAUUAUAUGAUUAGUUAAAUAAAAGCUAAACUUUAAAUGAUGUAUACUCAUUUAUAUUUAAAUUAUUAAAUCUAGUUGCAUUCUUAAAAUAUCUAAAUAUUUUCAUUGAUGAAAACCUAAAAUGGGAUGUUCAUAUUAAUUAUGAAAUUAAUACAUUUAAACAGUUUGUUUGCAUUUAUAAACUACUUUAGUGUUACAAAUUUAAGAUAUUAUCUUGAAUUAAAAGCUUAAAAAACUAACAUAUUUAUCACUUCUCCAAAAGUUUCUUAUGAAAUUUCAGUUUAGAGAGGUACAUAUUACACUAAUUUCUGAAAUCUUGAAGUAACUCCUAAGAUUUCUGCCCAGGUUAGCUAAUACUGGUAUGUGUAUUAUGUUCUUAAAAUAAUGAGGUUAUUGUUUUUUAAAUUUUAAUUAUACCUACCCUACUUAACAUUUUAUUUGUUUUCAUUCUGGAAACCAUGAUAAUUAAAUAACAAUAAUAAUGGUCAUUAAAUUUGUAUUUGUUAGAACCAACAUUAUUUAUUUAUUAUAUUGAAUGAAACGAAUAGAUCAAUCAUCUAUUUAAGGGGAAUUUAUAUUUUAUACACUGAAUUGAUUAAUUUGUUGUAUUUUAUUUUGUUGAUACAUUUAUCCAUAUAAAAAGUUUGGGGAUAAUGAUGAACCGAUAAAUGUGUUAUCACUUAAUAUUUAUCAAUUGUGUCAUCUUUUUAAUAUUAUAUUUUAGUGAAAUACUGUCCAGAUUCAUUCAGUUCAAGACAUUUAUGUUUCUGACAAAGUGUUAUUCCUACAUAACAUCAUUCUUGAAUUUUAUCGUUUUUUUGAAAUAUUGUUUCACUAUAAUAAUUCAUGCCAAUCAAAUAUUAUCCUGAAUAAUACUGUUCCAGAGAAAUCUUUUCCUUGUUGUAUGCGUCCCUUACAUCUUAUAAUAUAAUAAAAAUUGUGAUUUCUACUAUGUAAGUAACUAUAUUUUAUAGGUAUUAUACUAGACCUAUUAAAUAAUCAAUAAACAUUUUUUGGAUGAAAUAAUUAUUAAAAUAUUAUUCAUAUACCUACUUAAUAUUGGUGAUAAUGAUAUUUUAGUAAGUAACCUAAUCUUAAACAAAGUAUAAGUAAGUCACUCAUUAAAACAUUUAAUUGUCAAUAGGUAGUAGGUACUUAAAAAAAAUGUAAUAUUUUAUGUUUAAAUGUAUUAUCAUAAAACACACUAUCUAUACAACGACUCAAUAGAAAUAUCAAUUUGUUUAAUAAACCUAAUUUAGACCUCACACUUGAGUUAAGUACUAAAACACAUACUGUGAAAAAUCAAACCAAUAAAAUCUUAGACCACGCAGUAAUUUGGUAUAAUUGUAUUGUAAUAUCACUAUAUUUAUCAUUGUAACUGCUGUUAGGUGUGAAUAUAUAAGAGCUAAAAAUAAAUUAACGUAGGUAUUAAUUAUACACCUAUAAUUUAAAUUAAAUUAAAAAAAUAUAUCUUGAGUUGAAUUAAUCAUGUUUUCAAUAAUUUUCAGGUCAAACUUAUUAUUUAAACUUAUUGACUAAAGAAAGUCAAUGGUCUAUACCAAAUAAACCAGCUUCGGAGCAUCCGGCUGGUAAUGGUCCUGAACAAGUUCAAUGUAGUCAUUUAUUGGUUAAACAUGAAAAAUCACGCCGACCUUCAUCGUGGCGGGAAGGAUCUAUUACUAGAUCAAAAAGUGAAGCUGUUGAUAUUAUAAAAUGUAAAUAUAUCUGCAAUUACUUAUAAAUAAGUCUGUGGUUAAUGUAACUAAUAUUUUUUUUAUUGAUUAAAAAGCUUAUCGCGAACAAAUUGUUGCUGGCAAAUCAUCAUUUGCUGAACUUGCCCAGAAAUAUUCAGAUUGUAGUUCAGCCAAACGUGGUGGUGAUUUGGGACCAUUCACAAGAGGCACAAUGCAAAAGCCAUUUGAAGAUGCUUCAUUUGCUUUAAAAAUUGGAGAGCUAAGCGAGCCUAUUCAUACAGAUUCAGGCGUACACAUAAUUUUACGUACAUUAUAAAUAACUUUUUUGAAAUUUAAACAUUUCCCUUUUCUAAACAUUGUAUUUAUUACUGUCAACUGUUCCAUAAAUAAAACUAAUUAUGAUAGAAAACCAUUUAUAAAAAACAGAUCUUCAUUUUAUAGACAGAGGCGUACCCAAGGGAGAUUUAUAGGGCUUCAGCCUUAAAGAACAAAGUUAAUAUUGAAAAAAUCAUAAUUAUUUGUUUCCUUUUAUUUAAAUUUAUAUUUGAAUUAAAAUUUUGUACAAAGUUUCACCCCCAAAAACGUGUGCGCCUAUGGUUAUAGAAUUUCAUAGCUUAUAAUAUGACAGAUUCUACCGUAUUUUCUGGAAUGUAUUAAUAACAUAUUUAGAAAUUUUUAUAUACAGCGUCUAAUAAAGGUUUACUAAUUCUGUAGGAAAAGAAUAAUUUCUUCUGUAUUAACUAAUUCUUAUAAAUUUGAACCAAUCAGUUAUUCUUUUAAUAUUAUGAUGUGUUAAUAUACAAUGUUAAAUGUAUAACUGAUUAGCUGGAGUUUAGAAGAAUUGGCUAAUACAAUACAAAUUGUGUUUACUUAAUACAUAAAUAAAAGAUUUUAUGAACAAUGAAGGAAUUUUAAUUUGUAAAUCUUUAUGAGACAUCUACAAACUAGUUCUCAAAUUGUAAAUUAAAUUUAUUGUUGCCGUCAUAUAAAAAGUGACAAAAAUAUAAAAACCAUAUUUAAAUACUUUAUUUCAUCCCUACAUCAGUGGUUUCCAACCUUUUUUUACUUGCUAAUUUUUUUAUUUUUCAUAACCCCCCCCCCUAAUAUCAUUUAUUACUCUUAUUUACAUCUUAUGCGCCCUAUUUUUUUUUUUCGAUUACAUGUCAGAAUAGACCACUUUGAGAACUUCUGGUAUAUAAAACAUAUCCUAAAUAAUACUAUACAUAGUUUAGAAACCACUUAACACAUAAUUCUUGAUUCAAAUCAAAGUUGAAUAAGUUUAAAUAUAAAUUUUUAAAUCAUUUAGUCACUAUUUGAUUGAUAGUGAUGGUAUAUUAUUUAAAACUUUAUACCAUUUUAUAUUGCAUUUGUUUUUUAUUAUAUACCUAAUUUAAAUAUAAAAUAUAAAUUUUUGUGUGUAUGCUUUAUUGAAAUUCCAUGACAUUGUUUACGACAAUUUUUUAGUUAAUUUUUUAAAAAUUUUAAAUAAUUUAUGACUCAACUCUCUCAAAUACCUCCCUAAAAUUGGAUUUUAGUCCUCUACCAACAAUCUGCUUGGGUCACCUAGGUAAAUAAUUCAACCAUACUACUUAUAUGAUUAUAAAUCAUAAUAGGAAGGUGGUUUAUAAAUGACUAUUAAAUCUACCUUUCAGAAUUAAAUAUAUUGAUAAAUUAAUCAAUUAUACAUUUAUGAUGUUGGCUUAAGUGUUAAAAACCAUAAAUAAUUGUAUAAAAAUGUAUAAAUAUUUUUAAUUAUAAUGCUUAUAAAUAUAUUGUAAUAUUAUAAUUAAUAUUUUGAGAUAGGAUAAAUGUUGAUCUUUAAGAGAUCUAUAUACAAUACUUGUUGUUAAUAACAUGAAUUUGAAUAUUAAGAAUUAAAGAAAGAUUAAUAAAAAUAAACUGAAUUGGUCAAAAUGUUACUUGAUCUCUUCUUUUAAAUUCAUUGUAUCCAACUAUAUCAUGUGAAAAAUAUUAUGUAUGCAUAUAUUUUAUAAUAAGUAUAGGUAAAUAGUGAACAACUUAAGUUAUAUUCAAAAAAAAAAGUAGUACCCACUAUCAUUUUUAGUUAAAUUAAUAAUAAUACAACUUAUUAAUCAUAUAAAUAUUAAUUGCUAAUUUAGAUUAAAAUUCAUAACAACAUUAAGAUUUCUUCAAAAUGUUUGUAUAGACGGCAAAUUACAUGUUUUAAUACUCAUUUAACUAAAUAAUAACCUUGAGUUUUAAUAUUUAAAUACCUAGCAUUAUUUAAACAAGUAUUGGUACCAAUCUAAUCUCACAGAUUAGUGUAUAUUAUUAUGUAUUAUAGUCAUUUAUAGGUUGUAUUCAUUACCUAUACAUUUUUGUAUAAUGCAUUUUUAUGCGAUUGUUAUACUUAUCAAGUAGGUAGACCUUAUUGAUAAUACUCUGAAAAACAUUCUCUUAAAGAGGUAAUAUGCUUAGUAAUCUUCUUCCUCAAUUCUUUCAAGCUCUAUUUCAGCUUUUCAUUGUUAUCAAUGUGGCAGACAUAACUAGCUGAAUAAAUUAUGAUCCUCACCCUAAAUACUUAAGUGAUACCUUAGAUAAAAUACUUUCAUUUAAAAAAAGAUUUUAGCCUGGGAAAAUACAAAAGUACCAGCCCACUUAUUUAUUUACCAAAUAUUGAAUUUUAGACAAUAUAUAUUAACAUUAUUUUAACAUAACUACACAUUUGGAAAGAAAUUAUUCACUGUUAAGUUCCGUCAUUUGUCAAUCAUAUCUAUAUGUAAUAUUUUAUAUUAAAUUUAAAAAAAAAUCUUCGUUUUGUAUUAUUGAACACUACUCUAUAACAAAUUCAGUCUUAACUUUUAAAGGAAUAAUUAUAUUGUUCAUAGCUUGUGAUUCACUAAGCGUGUUCACUUUAUUUUUUCGAUUAAAUUUUGUAUAUCAUAUUCUGAUUUUUAGAAUUUUUAAAUGUAAUUAAAGUUUAUAUUACCGAAUAUUUAGAUUUUUCAUAACAUUUAAGGAGUAUCUUGUUAUUUUAUUAUCCUUAUUUACUAUACAUUUGUAUAUUUCCCAGUAUUUUUACCGGUUUUUCAAAUAUAUUGAGAAAAUCAAAAAAUGACCCUAUAGUAUCACCCUAGUCAGAUUUCCUUUCAGAAAAAGUGCUACACUUGCAAAUUGGAACAAUAUUUCUAGUAGAAAAGUUAUUCAAAGAUAAAAAAAAAAAAAUACAUCAUUGAAAAACCAUAAGCUUUUUUGCUCCAUUCAGAAUUUAAAAUUGUGUGUGCACGCUUAGUGAAUCAUCCUGUAUAUGUACUUAUCUUUCAUUAUAGGUAUAUUUUAAAAAUUAAAACGCUAUGUACUUAAAAAUUUCAACAUAAUUUUAAAAUAGUUAUUUGAAAGAGCGGCUCAACAGUAAAACUCCCGAAGUCCUGGUGGCUCAAUCCACCCCUAAUUGUGGGUUUUUAAAUAAAAAUACGUUUUUUGGAUUUUUAAAUUUUUAAUUUAGACGCGGUUAUAAAUUAUUAUGUAAAAUAUUACAAAUUUGAUAAUAUUUAUAACUCGUUUAAUAAUUUAAACUUGUAAGAAAAAUCAAUGUACAAACACAGAAAAUAUUCCAUAUUUAAGUUUAAUAGUGCAUCAAAUUCACUUUUAUUUAUACUAAUUUUUGGUGGUAUUAAAACUAACAGCACAAAAUUAGUUCUACUAACUAAAAAUUUGUCAAAAUUAUAACCAUUCAUAUGAUGAUAUACACGCCUAUAUUAUUUAUUACAUUAUCUUUCAACUGUUCAAUUGACCAUUGUGUAAGUAGUGUAAGUACUAGGCCCAUUAAACUCUAGUAUAAUCAUACUUUUUGUUAUUAUUAAAGAAUAAUAAUAGUAUUUUUUUCCGAUAAAAUAUAAAUAUUUUACAGUUUUACACAAUCACGGAAAUUCAUUAUAAAGUCGUAUUAUUUUUUUUUAAUACCUGCUUAACUAAAGAACAUAGAUAUAUUAAUAUUAUUUAUUAAUAUGUCUAUGGCAAAGAGACAAGGGAAAAUAAAUACGAGUUUAGGUAUAUUUAUUAGGGGGAUCUCGGUGGUUUUAAUGGCUGCGGUAAACAACGCGAGGGAUAUUAUUACGGGUAUCUAUAAAAAUAUUGUGUAACGUAUUUUCCCUUGCCAUAUUUCACUAAUCAAUUAUUAAUAAUAAUGUUACACUACAUGGAUGGGUAUUAACAGCACAGAAUCGGUAUCGAGAAAAAUAAUUAUUAUUUAUGUGUUUUUUAUUUCUUUUGUCCUCAUCAUAUGCCUUACUAUGAAAUAUAUAUUUUAUGGAUCAUGGGAAAUAUAUUAUUAUCUUUCAAGAAUGUUUUAGAUACAUAACAGGAUGACCUGUACGUGUUUAAUUUUGAUUAAUAUUCCAGGAAAUUAUAAUAUUUUAUUAAUAUGAGGUUCGCACAAGCUGUUGCAAAACAUCGUACACCAGGUAUUUACAUUAUUGUAGAGGUUUUGUAAAACGCUAUAAAAUAAUAUUACAAUAUUGAGCAAUGACUAUUAUUUGAAUACGGUAUUACCACGGAUAUAUUUUGAUAUUGAACGUUUCGAUACUUUUAUAAAUACCUAGUUAUGUUACAACACAUGUAUUUCGUAAUAAUUGUUUUAAUAGUGAUUCAUCAAAUCUAUUAUAUAGGUACUUUUAGCGGUAGAAUCCGGGACGUAUUUACGGGAGGAGCUGAAAGGGUUGCAGUCCUAUCGAAAAAAACUUUCUGUUGUUUGGUCUAAUUCUUGCGAUUCUCCGGAAAAUCUCUGAUUUUACAUGAUUUAUGAUGGUAUCAAUAACAGGUCAGUACAAAUUAUUACACCAACAGUUUCGUAUUUGUUUGUUUAGGGUCUCUGCGCAUUAAUAUCUAGCUGUUCUGCACCAGUAGCAACAGUAACAUCGAAUUCCCUUAAAAGAUAUAGUUCAGUACGCUUUCUUUUAGAUUCUAAAAAUAAAUAAAGUCGAAAACAGACGUAUCUUUAGUUAUGUUCUAUUAAAGCAAUAAUUAUAUCUUACUAAAAAAGACUUAACUCAGUUUCUAUUUUUAAAAUUAGUACAAACCUAAAUAAUAACGAUAGUAUUGACUAUUAAGUAUAACCAUUAUUUUACCAUUAAAUAAUUAGUAUUAUGCAUAAAAAAAAACUAGUUAGUUUAUAAUAUGUUAUAAAUUUUUUCUUUCCAUAGAAUUUUUUCCCGUCGAAAACGGACGUUAGUCAAAUAAAAUAGCAAAAUAUGACUUAAAUUAUUACUGAAUAGUACAUUUUUUUUUUAAAAAAAAAAAAACUAGCAAUUUCCAACACUAACACCAACAUUCAACACUAACAAAUCUAAAUACUAAAAAAAUCAAAAUAUUAAAUAAUUGAAAUGCAUAAUAACAAUUUAAUUUAGAGAUCUUUAAACUGCUCUCCUGGAAAAUGAUAAAAAAUGAGUUACGUCCUUCGUUGUGGGCGUCAAUUUGAUUUAAACACUUAUUGGCCGGCGUAAAUAUAAAAUAUAGAAUGACCUUCACUUUAUAUUUUAUGAUUAUACUUAAUUAUUUUAUUGCACCCGGUACAUCGGUCCAUUAAUUCCAACAAAUAGGAAUGCAUUGACGUAAUAAAAGAAUAUUCCCAGAUAACACUGUUAAUAAUAAUUUUGUAAUUUACGGAUAUCUGUGUGAAUAUCUGUUGAUGUCAUAUUUUGGUCUUAUAGAUUUCAUAGAGACGCCCGACAGAUCUUGUACAAUAAUUUUUACAAUUAAUAACGGAUAUCACAGAUUUUAUAUUGUUAUAUGAAGGCUUGAUAAAAUGAUAUUAAUUAUUAUACUUACUUCGAAUACGCGGCAUGCACAAUGUUGCGUUGUUCAAGUCUUUGUUGCCAGUUUCUUCCGUAGAUAAAUCUAUGGUCCGUGAACGUUAAUUAUAGCAAUAGGGGUUAUAAUUGAUAAGUGAUAACACAUUUAUAGAUAUGUCUAUAUCCAAAGAUAUCCGUUAACCGUGGUUUUUUAUUUCAGACACACGCUAGAUCUGAUAUUUUAACCUAUUAUAACCCACGUUGUAUGUUUUUUAAGUUAUUACUUAUUUGUGCCUAAAACCUACGCAAUGAAUAACUCAAUGAG